AUGGCUGUUCCUCCAGGACAGCCACCUCCUUCUCCGCAAUCUCCUCCUCUUUUCCUCCUCUUCCUCAUCUUCCUCUCCUCCCCUCCUCCCCUCCUCUCUCGGCCUCUCAUCCCUCAUCCUUCUAUUAACGUGGCGGUGGUGUUCUGUGGCUCUGCUUACCAGAAUGAGGUCAGGGGUCAUUUGAGCAGAGAGAACUUCGCUGAUCUUCCCCUAGGUAUGAACCUAUACCAGUUUUGCCACUGUAUGUUCUUUACAUUAAUACUUAUGUGCUCUUUACAAUGUUCACUUUGGAGUGCAACAUUCUUUCUUCUUCUUCUUCUUCUUCUUCUUCUUCUUCUUAGAAGUGAACCCGGUCACUGUUCUGGUUAACGACACCAACCCUCGUGCCCUGCUGACGAGUCUCUGUGAAACUAUGGCGACAGAGAAACUGCAUGGGGUCGUGUUCGAGGACGAUGUGGGAUCAGGAGCUGGACCUCAGGUCAGUCAAUCGAUCAAUCAAUCAAUCAAUCAAUCAUGUUAACCAAGGCGGAAGGUUAGCUCAGAUACUGACCUCUGUCCUUUGGGGAUAUUGAAAAAACGGGAUAGAUAUGAGAUGGCAGAGGAGGUGGUAAAAGUUAAUCUAUAUGUUGUGUGUAUGUAUUUGACUAUCUCCUGGACCUAAUAAAAGCAGUUGGCAGAAGUGGCUCAGAUCCUAGACUUCCUGUCGACUCAGACAGCUCUGCCCAUCGUUGGCAUCAGCGGAGGAUCUACCGUCGUCAUACCUCACAAGGUAAGACAACACAUAAUACUGUAUCUAUACUCAAACUACCACACAAAUCACAACUAACCCUAGCAUAACACAUAAUGUAGUACUAACACUCCUCUAGGUACCACAUAAUGUGAGACAAAUCACCUAUACUGUAUAGCCCUCAAACUCAACUCUGGACCUUGAAGGGAGUUCCACUGCUUUUUUUCGGUCUUUCCCUCAAAUCAGGGACUGAUUUAGACCUGGGACACCAGGUGGGUGCAAUUAAUUAUCAGGUAGAACAGAAAACAGCAGCAGUCCGGACCUCGUAGGGUAAGAUUUGAUACUCUGCUGUACAGGGUACCAACUCAAACACCUACAGACAGCAAUGCAACACCACAACACCACUACAGACAUGCUGUUUAACACCAGUCUGUAAGUAAAUGUGUGAGUUCUGUCUAAACAUGCAGCACAGAGCAGGGAUGGGAAAUAGAAGUAUGUCUUCUACCUCAUCUCCAUCAACCUUUAUCAGAUAAUAGCUUGGAAAGAGUUGUUCUGCUAGGAAACAAGCAGGAAAUAAUUCUGAGAAUUAGACAGAGAUGAGAAAGAUGAGAGUGAUCUAUACCUCAAUCAGUCAUCCUAUACAGAUAAAUACAGACACAUUCUACCGUGAUGAUGUGCACAGUGUCUCACAGUAAUGCGUUCAGACAGACACAUUGAGCUUGAUGCUUAGAGUGUAGAGAGAUCAUCGAUCAUCAGAUCACUUCUGGUUCUGUAAUUGUUGAAGUAGCCUGAUCACUACAGUUUCCGCUGAACCUCACCCUGUCCUCACCCUCUCUUCUUAAUCUUCACUUUUUCCCUCCUCUUGUCCCUAACUCAUCCCUCACCCCUCCUCAAACUUAUCUUCCCACUUUCCCCUACUAUACCUCCCUCUCAUCUCUCUCUCUCAUCACUCCUUCCUUCCCCUUCCCCUUUUCCUCCCCUCCCCUCCCCUCCUUUCCCCUCACCCAAGAGAUGUGAGGCGCUAACACCUGUCAUCAACACCCUGUAUUUAUAGUAUCAACAGUAGCACUCACACACAUACAGUGCAGACACAUUCACUCACACAAAAACACACACACACACAUACUCCCUCUCUCUCUCACUCACGUGCCCAUGUCUAGUCUGAUGUUCAGUUUUAGCAGGGAAUUAGUAAAGAGUGGUCGAACACUUUAGACAAGUCAAUGAAUAGAGCAGCACAGUGUUUCUUCCUAUUCAAACAAUUUACCACAUAGUUUAAAACCAGUGAUGCUCCCGAGAUGGUGCUCUGCCCUGGUCUGAAGCCCGACUGAUGCACAUUUAGAAUCGAUUUUGAAGUAAAGAAAUAUAUUAGCUGAGCAUUAAUCAAGGAUUCCAAAUGUUUUGCUAGGCAAGAAAGUUUAGAAAUAGAGUGAUCAUUAUUAAGGUCACAAGGGUCACCACCUUAUGAAGACCAAAACAAAGAAAAAAUUCACAAAAUGUCGUCAUAAUAUAUGCACGAACUGUUCCGAACUGUUUCGGAUGGGAAGCAUGCGGACGCCUUAAGCCAUCCCUGUGAUCGGGUCUGGUGACUCGUGUAUCUGUAAUUUAAUUUAAUUUAAUUUAAUAUAAGUAAGAUACGGUGGAAGUUUGUGGAAGAGGGCUUUAUAAACAAAAAGAGAUUAGUGGAUCGAUCUACAAGAUUUAAGAGAGGGCCAGCCCACUUUCUGAUAUAGGAUGCAAUGAUGUGUACUGAACCUGUCACCUGUAAUAAAGCUAAGCGCGUUGUGAUAAACUGCAGCUAAUGGUUUCAGUGUAGUGGCAGCUGCAUUCAUAUAAAUGGUGUGAUCUGUUUCUAAAGAAGAGGCCCAUUUUUAUUCCCAACUUCUUAACUAACUCAUCCAUAUGCUUUUUAAAAGAUAACUUUACGUCAAUCCAGAUCCCCAGAUAUUUAUAAGAAAACUUAAUGUACUUGGUUUUAUCUGCAUUAAGUAUCAAUUUCAGUUCAAGCAAAGGCUUUCUGCAAAGCCACAAAGGCAGAUUGCAGCUCCGAAAAAGCCUGGUCAUCCAUGGGGGCAAUAGCAUACACAAUAGUGUCAUCUGCAUACAGGUGUAUGCUACAAUUCUUUACAGAUAGACCAAUAUUUAUAUAGAGAGUAAAAAGUACAGGACCUAAAAUCGUCCCCUGUGGGACACCUUUCGUAAAAUAUCAAGGAAACCUUGGCUUAACGCAAUCAGAAAAUACACAUUAUGUCCUGUCUGUCAGGUAGUUUUUAUACCAAUUACAUAGCGCAUGAUCCAGGUCAAUUUCAGACAACCUUUGAAUCAGUAAAGAGUGGUCGAACGCUUUAGACAAAUCAAUGAAUAGAGCAGCACAGUGUUUCUUCCUAACCAAACAAUUUACCACAUUGUUUAAAAGCAGUGAUGCUCCCGAGAUGUUGCUCUGCCCUGGUCUUAGCUGAGCAUUAAUCAAGGAUUCAAAAAUGUUUGCUAGGCAAGAAAGAGCGAUAAUUAUUAAUGUCACAAGGGUCACCACCUUUGUAAAGGGGGAGAACAUGGGCAGCCUUCCAGACCUUAUUGAUAGCACCAAAGCCAAUCGUUAAGUCAAAAAUUGUGUCAGUGAUUAAGUGGAGCAGAAAGCUGCAGCAAGAAGGGGUCAAGCAAAUCAGCCCCAGUGGAUUAAUUUUUUUACAUCAGUCUUGAGCAAGGCAUUUAGUACAUCACAAAAUUAAAAUGGAAAAAAUUAAAAUAAUGGUUCACUAAUAGUUGACAGGGUUUCCAUAGAGCCAACUAAAGGAGCGCAGUCGUCUGUCUGAGCAGGGUCAGUUAAACCAUUAUUUAUUUCAAAUAGUCCUUAAGAGUCUAAUGACAUACCCAUGCGUCAAUCUAAGUAACAUAAUAAAAAUCCCCAUCAAAAUCCAUACGUUUAAGCUAGAGAUAUUCGUCAAUUAUUAUUUAAUUUUUUUACCCUAUUUUACCAGGUAAGUUGACUGAGAACACGUUCUCAUUUACAGCAACGACCUGGGGAAUACUUACAGGGGACAGGAUGGGGGAUGAAUGAGCCAAUUGGAAGCUGGGGAUAGUUAGAUGGCCAUGAUGGUAUGUCAGACCAUGAGACAUCCCAAAAAUCGGUCUUCUCACGAAAACGUCUGAAGUGUCCAAACGAUUUGGCCUACUAACGAAUGAGACUCUCACAAACACAAUGGUUUUCUCCGUUUUGCUCUACGACCCACACAAGUGUCACGGGACUCGUCUGAAGGUAACCCAUACAAAUGAAUGGAUGUAUGGAGGUAGUUUUGUGCCAACAAAUAUAAGGGGUUCAAUAUCUGUAAAAAUAUAUAUAUACAUUUCCUAAUUCCUUAUGAUUUAUUUGUUGACUGUCUUUUUUGUCAUUUAUAAAUGAGUUAUUCAAUGCGUUUCUAUGGGCUAUAGUAGUAAAGGCCAAAUUCAAUAUUUUAUCCCAAAAAAAAUUUCAUACAUUUUUUAGACCUAAAGGGAUCCUAAAAUUCUAAAUAAAAUAGCUAAAUGAUCCAUGGUAUGACCAUCUUAAAAUAAUUCCAUAUGUUAGCUUAGUAAAACCUUCCCCCUGAUUAAAUGCAUCACUUAUCUCUCUUUGUUCAGUAAUGAUGCCAGUACCAGACAGAACUUGCUUAGGCAGCGAGUGGGUGGAUCCCUGCUACAAACAAAUGCAUAUGUUGGCAUAGGGCUAAAUGUAUGAUAAAUAAUGCAAACUUUUUGGGGAUCAUGACACUUAGAGAACAUGAUGCCACAAGUGUUGAUUUCACAUAUAGUAGCUACCCCUCCCCCUUUUUUCAGUAUAUCACACCUGAAAAUGUUGUAGUCAGCAAUUUCAAUGUCCUUAUCCAUGAUUAAACCAUUGAGCCAGGUCUCUGUGAGAACCAGAAUAUCAGGGUUCGUGUCAUAUACCCAGACAUCAAGAAGGUCCAUCUUUGACAUCAAGCUUUGCACGUUUAUGUGUAACAGCCCAAGCCCUCUACAUGCUUUGAAAACUGAGGGGGUAUCCAUGUUUAUGGUAUUUUAAAUAAUAGCACUGGAAGAACUGACCACAGUGGGCUUCCCAUUUGGGCUAACAGUAACAGAGCUAACAUUGGAAUUCAAAUGUAUGUGCACAGGAAUAUUACUGACAACAAUGCUGGGAAUAUGUAGCAGUACGAUGAUAACACUGUGAAAUAGUGGGAAUGUGAAUAAUUACCUGAGCAGGGGUUGGGCUGUUGUUGAGUCAAUGUUUUAGAUAGAAAGGCAUCAAACAAAAAGACAUGAUGGAGCUAUUGAGAGACAGUGAUUGAUUGAGUGGAAUUACAUCAGUCAUAAUCUGGUGUCUAUAUGAAGCUGUAGCCUACUGACAGAAGUCAGUACUUUAGUUCAACUGAGUACAGGCUUAACUGAAUGAACAACAAAGACAGAAUGCAAUAUGACAUUUUAUUGAACAGUUUGGGGAAUGGCCUCGCUUCCGAGGUAAGAUCCUCGGAGACAGAUGAUGUGAUGGCAGGUAGCACAAUGCUGGGCUGAUGGCAGUGAGUGUGUGUGUGUGUGUGUGUGUGUCUGUCUAUGUGCUUGUGUGUGCGCGUGUGUGUGUGUGACACAGUCAGCCAGCGGUCUCUCAGAGCUCUGCCACUCUAUUAAACACUUAAUUAGACCCUUUAGGAGGUAGAGACUCCCUGCUGCCCCUGUCACUCUCUCAUCUAUUACACUCUCCCUAUCUCUACUCCCUCUCUAUCUGUCCCCUUCUUUCUCCGUCUCUCUUCCACUCUAUGUUUCUUUCUCUCUCUCUCUUUCUCCCCCUCUCUCCUCCCCCGCUCGCUCGCUCGCUUUCUCUCUCUCUCUCUCUCUCUCUCUCUCUCUCUCUCUCUCUCUCCUCUCUAUUCGUCUGCUUCUCUCUCUCUCCUUCUCUCUCUCUCUCCUCCUCUUCUCUAUCUCCGUCCUCCUCUCUCUCUCUCUCUCUCACUAUCCCCUCUCUUUUUCUCUUUCUCUUCUCCACUCUAUCUCUCUCCCUUUCUUUUUCUCCUUCCCUCUAUCCCGCUCUCUCUCUUUCUUUUUCUAUCCUCCCUCUCUCCAUCUCACACUCGCGGUCUGUGAGUGAGUAUCUGGCUCUAUCUGUAAUUAGAGUAUAGAUAACCCUUGUCUCUUCUUUAACAGGGUCUAAUUGACAGCUUGUUAAAGACUCUGAGAGAUGAGUCACUCACUGACACACAAUCAGCCCUGGCUCUUAAAGCUAAGGUAUUGCUUUGAGACAUCUCAAAGGCCUUUGUCUUAAAAAAAAUGGUGCUAUCUAGAACCUAAAAGGGUUCUCCGGCUGUCCCCAUAGGAGAACCCUUUGAAGAACCAUAUUGGUUCCAGGUAGAACCCUAUUGGGUUCCAUGUAGAACUUUUCCCCCAAAGGGUUCUACAUGGAACACAAAAUAGUUAUACUUGGAACCAAAAAGGGUUCUACAUGGAACCAAAAAGGGUUCUCCUAUGGGGACAGCCGAAUAAGCCUUUUGGCUUUUUUCUAAGAGUGUGUACAGAGACAGCUAACAGGCCUAUGUCUAAGACAGUGUAGAGAGGCAGCUAGAAUAUACAUGCAGCUCUAUGAGACAAAACAGCUGAAAGCCAAAGUGUUGAGAGACAGCUUUCUUUAUAAGACACACAGUAAUAGAGAUCUCCACCCUCUGACGUCUGUCUGUCUGUCAAGAAGACAUGACAAGUUUGGCAAGAAUGAAACUGGACACUGAAUAGAAAACAACAUGAAGUAGAUAAAACUCUUCUGAUCCACCCUGUUCAUAUCUAGGCUGAUCUACUCUAUAGUCCCUGGUCUUUGUUAACGCUACAACGAAACUCAUGCGUAGGGUCUCUUACAACAGAUUAAGAUUAAGAUAACUUUAUUGGUCAAUUGCACCCAACCGAAGGUCCAACCAAAAUUGUACUUUCACUUUUAACCCAACCCCUCCGAAAGACACACAUACACAUACAGUUGAAGUCGGAAGUUUACAUACACUUAGGUUGGAGUCAAUAAAACUUGUUUUUCAACCACUCCACAAAUUUCUUGUUAACAAACUAUAGUUGUUGCAAGUCGGUUAGGACAUCUACUUUGUGCAUGACACAAGUCAUUUUUCCAACAAUUGUUUACAGACAGAUUAUUUCACUUAUAAUUCACUGUAUCACAAUUCCAGUGGGUCAGAAGUUUACAUACACAAAGUUGACUAUGCCUUUAAACAGCUUGGAAAAUGUAAUGGCUUUAGAAACUUCUGAUAGGCUAAUUGACAUAAUUUGAGUCAAUUGGAGGUGGAUGUAUUUAAAGGCCUACCUUCAAACUCAGUGCCUCUUUGCUUGACAUCAUGGGAAUAUCAAAAGAAAUCAGCCAAGACCUCAGAAAAAAAAUGGUAGACCUCCACAAGUCUGGUUCAUCCUUGGGAGCAAUUUCCAAAUGCCUGAAGGUACCACGUUCAUCUGUACAAACAAUAGUACGCAAGUAUAAACACCAUGGGUCCACGCAGCCGUCAUACUGCUCAGGAAGGAGACGCGUUCUGUCUCCUAGAGAUGAACGUACUUUGGUGCGAAAAGUGCAAAUCAAUCCCAGAACAACAGCAAAGGACCUUGUGAAGAUGCUGGAGGAAACAGGUACAAAAGUAUCUAUAUCCACAGUAAAACGAGUCCUAUAUCGACAUAACCUGAAAGGCCGCUCAGCAAGGAAGAAGCCACUGAUCCAAAACCGCCAUAAAAAAGCCAGACUACGGUUUGCAACUGUACAUGGGGACACAGAUCGUACUUUUUGGAUAAAUGUCCUCUGGUCUGAUGAAACAAAAAUAGAACUGUUUGGCCAUAAUGACCAUCGUCAUGUUUGAAGGAAAAAGGGGGUACUUGCAAGCCGAAGAACACCAUCCUCAAUCCUAUAGAAAAUGUGUGGGCAGAACUGAAAAAGCGUGUGCGAGCAAGGAGGCCUACAAACCUGACUCAGUUACACCAGCUCUGUUAGGAGGAAUGGGCCAAAAUUCACCCAACUUAUUGUGGGAAGCUUGUGGAAGGCUACCCGAAACGUUUGACCCAAGUUAAACAAUUUAAAGGCAAUGCUACCAAAUACUAAUUGAGUGUAUGUAAACUUCUGACCACUGGGAAUGUGAUGAAAGAAAUAAAAGCUUAAAUAAAUCAUUCUCUCUACUAUUAUUCUGACGUUUCACAUUCUUAAAAUAAAGUGGUGAUCCUAACUGACCUAAGACAGGGAAUCUUUACUAGGAUGAAAUGUCAGGAAUUGUGAAAAACUGAGUUUAAAUGUAUUUGGCUAAGGUGUAUGUAAACUUCCGACUUCAACUGUAGUUACAUAUACAGGUUUUGGAGAGGUGCGGAGGGCUGCCACACUGGGCGACCGGGAGCAGUUGUUGUGGGAGGUUAAGUUCUCAAGGGCACAACGGCAGACAAUGGCAUCUAGGAUUUGAUGCGAUCAACCCUCCGGUUGCCAACUUAUUUCCCGCCAGAAUCAGAUUUUUCCCCGCUGGCUCGCCUCACUAACCACUACGGUACCUGCAGGUGGGGAGGGAAGUGUGUGUGUUUCUGUGUGUGUGUGUGAUCCUAUUCACAGAUAAAAGGGUUCAAUUGCGCUUGAUUAUCAAUGGCCCUGAUGAUGUAGAUAAUGAUGAGGAGGCAUAUCGUUGAUGAUGUCUUUGGUGUGUUUAAAAGGACCCUGCUAUUCAGUCUCAGCCACCUAUUUCUGGUUCCUUUUUUUGUCCUUUAUCCUCUCUCCCUGAUCUAUCCAUCACUAAACACGGAAUGAUGAAAGGAAGAUGAAAGACAAAAAAAAAGAGGAAAGGAGCUGAAUGUCUUUUGUCAGGUUGUGCAUGUAUCAAUCAAAUGAUCAAGAGGGUACGAUAUAGAGGGGGGAGGAAGACAGAGUGCGUGUGUGUGUGUGUGUGAUCGUAUAUAUUCUGGCUAUUGGUGUGUGUGUGUGGGCGUGCUUGCAUGUGUUAUUAUAUGCUUUCUUUGGUGUGUGUGUGUGUUCGAUCACCGCAGUCGUAUAUGCUUGCGAUUUGUGUGUGUGUUUGUGUGUUUGUGUCCGCGCGCAUACGUGCGUGCCUUUGUGUUUCCCGGGCUAUGAGUCAUAUCUGUUGGUUGUGUUCAGUAGACAGUGGUGUAUCCAGAUGUUGUGUUGAGGGACUGGUACACCUGCUAACAUCAGUAUCUCCUAACAAGAGAGAAGAAUACUCACAUAACAGCGUGAUAAACACUCAUAAACACCUACCGUAACCCAGCCAGGGCUCCAUGGAAAAUAGCUCUGGUCUAUCCAGAAACACAUGGUAAUCAUAAUAAUGGUCAUAGAGUGGAACAGUAAAAAAAACUGUAUGUAAGCAGCUAUUGACAUGAAUGUGCACCAGUAUGGCUUACACUUUCUGUUUGUGUAAACUGCAGUCUAAUAUUACUCUCUUUACUUGUUUGACAGUAUUGAAUGAUAUAUACAGGUAGCUAAUUUGGAUGUUUAAUGAUAGUAUGAUGCAAUGAUCAAGACUUCAACAUUCAUUCUUUUGUAACAUUAUUAUUAUUAUUAUUUAUUUUUUAACAAUACAAAACAUCCACACACAAAUGACAACAUACAGACUCACACAAACAUCCACAAAAUCCCCCCUGCCCAGACCCACCUGUUCACACCCCCAUCUCCAGCGCCUGCGUCACUCUCCACCACAUGGCCUCAAACUGCACCAUUUUGUUUCUCUCUGUCGCCCACACACUUUCAACAUUUAGAUAAUAAAGCAUUUGACCUUUACAUUGUGUUAACGAUGGAGGAUUGGUUGAUUUCCAGUUUUUAAGUAUAUGUUUUUUCAAGAUGAUUGACGAGAAAUGUAUCGUCCAACCAAUUGGGUAUCUCACUGCACCGUCAUAUGCCAUGUCUUGAAAUAUUCAGACAGAGUGAUUGAAAGGAUAUUUACAUUGUAAUACUUCUGACAGACAACUUUCUAACUACACCCAUAACUUUUGGACUUUAUAGCAUUCCCAGAAGGCAUGGACUAUUGAGGCAUUGUUAGUUUUAAUCUUAAGACAUGAUUAUGCCUUUGUGCUGUAGAAAUUGUGAAUGUUGUAUCUUGUGCAAUAAAUGCUAUGCAUUAGUUUAUAGUGGAUUAAGCUUACAUUUUCGUUAAAUGUAAUUUCGUUAGUUAUGUUCCAACAUUCCCUCCAUCUUGUGCCAAUAUCAGUUUUUUAAAGUCUUGGUUCCAAUAGUUAAUAUUUUUUUCUAAGAGAUUGUCAGUUGGAUAGGCUGUCUGCAAAGGUUUUGUAUAUCUUAUCAUAUUAAUAUCCUUUUCUGACUCAAAUAGGAUUCCCUCAAGACUGCUCUGAUAUCCAAAAUAUUUAAAAUCAACAUUUCUUGAUAUUAAACUUUUAAGUUGCAUGUAUUCGAAAGUAUCUACAUUGGUCAGUCUAAAAUAGCUUUUUGGUUUCUAUGCCUUUAGUUUUCCAUGUGGACCAAUUUAUCGAUGAAUUCUGAAAAGCUAUACUGUCACGCGACGUGUAUGCGGUCAGAAGGCGAGUGCCAAAUCGGCAUACUCAGGAGGAAUGUGCAUGGUGGGAAUUUGGUUCGGACUUUCCACCAUCGUUGCCCCUACGGAAACACCUACACACUGCCCGACACACUGAUCAGACCAUCCCUUGAGAGCCCUCUGUUGCCAUGAAAUGUUGGGGUCAUGAGAUGUUAACCAGGGAAGCCCCAACACCACGGGAAACGCAGGAGAGUCAAUCAAAUACAACCGUAUAAUCUCCUCAUGGCCCUCCUGCGUCUUCAUCUUAAGUGGCGCUGUGACCUCCCUAAUCAAUCCCGACCCCAAAGGGCGGAUAUCUAGGGCAUGGAUGGGGAAGGGCACAUAAACUGGUACAAUAGGAAUCCCUAACUUAUACGUGAAACGGCGAUCGAUAAAAUUCCCAGCUGCACCUGAAUCUACUAGCGCCUUAUGCUGGGAGUGAGGAGAAACCUCGGGAAACACAACUUUAAUACACAUAUGUACAACAGAGAGCUCUGGGUGAGUUGGGUGCUUACUCACCUGGAAUGACUCAUCAGUGCGCUGCCUACUGCCUCGAUUCCUAGGAGACCCUCCCCAGCACCGACCCGCAGUGUGUCCUCUGCGGCCACAGUUGGUGCAGAGGAUGGCCUCUCUCCUGGUCUCUCUCCUAGUCUCCCUAGCACCAGCACCCCCGAGCUCCAUAGGGCUCGGCUCGGAAGUGCUGGGGGAUGGAAUGGACGGCCCCAACUCCGGACGUCCCUGUUUGAGAUGUAUCAAGUCUGGAAGACUUUUGCCAUUAUAUUGCUUAUAAGCUUUGUUAUUAUUUUAUUGUCACAAUUUCGGUCUGUAAUCAGCAGGGGACUCUCCACAUUCUCCUGGUUUUAAUAUAACAGAAGUACUUUGCUUUAUGUUUUUUGUGUGUUUUCUGUUAAAAGUCUGCUCAGCCCACAUGCUCUAUAUAUGUAAUGUAGAUAAUAACUAUGUAUUCACACUAUGACUCUCCCAUUCUGUCAAGGGCUGAGGUAAGUGUGGUGUGUAAGUCAGGCGCAGGCCACCGAAGCUUAGUCCAACAAAGUUUACUAGUUAACCACUAGGCAAACAUACAAUAAACGAUCUCAAAAACACACAGAGGCGAGCGAUUACGCAAACUGUGCGUAAACUCCAAAACAACAAACAGAGCAAACACGCAGCACUAGCUGACAUGCGAAAAACAACACACAACCUAACCAAUACAAAACAGGCAACUUAUAGAACACAUAAUCAGACACAAACGGACACAGGUGCAAUAGACAGACAAAAGCAAUCAAACAUAGAAACAUUCAACGGUGGCAGCUAGUACUCCGGGGACGACGAACGCCGAAGCCUGCCCGAACAAGGAGGAGGAGCAGCCUCGGCAGAAUCCGUGACAGUACCCCCCCUUGACGCGCAGCUCCAGCCGUGCGCCGACCCCGGCCUCGGGGCCUGCCAGGAGGACGCGGACCCGGGCGCGUGGGAUGCCCACGGUGGAACUCAGUCAGGAGGGAUGGAUCUAGGAUGUCCCUCCUAGGCAACCAGCACCGUUCCUCUUGACCAUACCCCUCCCACUCCACGAGAUACUGGAGACCACUCAUCCGGCGCCUCGAGUCCAAGAUGGUCCGGACCCUGUACGCCGGGGCCCCCUCGAUGUCCAAAGGGGGCGGAGGGGUCUCUCCUAUCUCAUCUUCUUGGAGUGGGCCAGCUACCACCAGCCUGAGAAGAGACACAUGGAACGAGGGGUUAAUAUUCUUGUAAUCAAUAGGCAGUUGUAACCUGUAACACACCUCGUUCAAUCUUCUCAGGACUUUAAAGGGCCCCACAAACCGCCGACCCAGCUUCCGGCAGGGCAGGCGGAGGGGCAGGUUUCGAGUCGAGAGCCAGACUCGAUCUCCCGGUGCGUAUACUGGUCCCUCACUGCAGUGGCGAUCGGCGCUCGCCUUUUGUCGACUGAUGGCCCGCUGCAGAUGGACAUGUGCAGCGUCCCACGUCUCCUCCGAGCGCUGAAUCCACUCAUCCACCGCAGGGGCCUUGAUCUGGCUCUCGUGCCAUGGUGCCAGGACCGGCUGAUACCCUAAAAUACACUGGAAAGGUGUUAAAUUGGUGGAGGAGUGGCGGAGAGAGUUCUGGGCCAUCUCUGCCCAGGGGAUAUACCUAGACCACUCCUCCGGCCGGCCCUGGCAAUAGGACCUCAGAAACCUACCCACAUCCUGGUUGACUCGUUCAACCUGCCCAUUGCUCUCUGGGUGGUACCCCGAGGUAAGGCUCACCGAGACCCCCAAGCGUUCCAUGAACGCCCACCAGACUCUGGAGGUGAACUGGGGACCUCGGUCAGACACAAUAUCCUCGGGGACCCCAUAGUGCCGGAACACGUGGGUAAAUAGGGCCUCAGCGGUCUGUAGGGCAGUAGGGAGACCCGGCAUUGGGAGGAGACGACAGGCCUUGGAAAACCGAUCCACAACGUCCAAAAUGGUGGUAUUCCCCUGGGAGGGGGGAAGGUCGGUCACAAAAUCCACCGAGAGGUGGGACCAUGGUCGUUGUGGAACGGGCAGGGGAUGUAACUUUCCCCUGGGCAAAUGUCUAGGCGCCUUACACUGGGCGCACACCGAGCAGGAGGAGACAUAAACCCUCACAUCCCUAGCUAACGUUGGCCACCAGUAUUUCACACUAAGGCAGUGCACUGACCGGUCAAUACCUGGAUGUCCAGAGGAGGGUGAUGUAUGAGCCCAAUAAAUAAGGCGGUCACGAACCUCGAGCGGAACGUACGUCCGCCCCACAGGACACUCUGGGGGAGUAGGGUCGGUAUGCAGUGCCCGCUCGAUCUCCGCAUCGACCUCCCACACAACCGGAGCCACCAGACAAGACUCCGGCAGUAUGGGAGUAGGCUCGAUGGACCUCUCCUCUGUGUCAUACCGCCGGGACAGGGCGUCUGCCUUACCGUUCUGGGACCCUGGGAUGUAUGUGAUCUUAAAAACAAACCGGGUCAGGAACAUGUUCCACCUAGCCUGACGAGGGUUCAAUCUCCUAGCUGCCCGGAUGUACUCCAGGUUACGGUGGUCAGUCAGAAUGAGGAAAGGGUGUUGCCUCCACACCUUUAGGGCCUGGACUACAGCCAACAGCUCCCUGUCCCCUACAUCAUAAUUACGCUCCGCUGAGCUGAGCUUCUUAGAGUAGAACGCACAGGGGCGGAGCUUGGGUGGCGUGCCGGACCGUUGCGACAGGAUUGCCCCAAUACCGGCCUCGGACGCGUCUACCUCAACUUGAAAUGGUAAAGCGGGGUCCGGAUGCGCCAGCACCGGAGCCGAAGUGAACAGGUUCUUCAGUCUAACAAAUGCUCUGUCCGUUUCAGCUGACCACUGCAAACGCACCGGACCCCCCUUUAGCAGGGAUGUAAUGGGAGCUGCCACCUGUCCAAAGCCCCGGAUAAACCUCCAGUAGUAAUUAGCAAAACCCAAAAACUGCUGCACCUCUUUUACAGUGGUUGGAGUUUGCCAAUUACGCACGGCCGACACAUGGUCAACCUCUAUCUUCACACCAGACGCGGACAAUCGAUAACCCAAAAAGGAGAUGGACUCCUGGAAAAACAGGCAUUUCUCUGCCUUAACAUACAAGUCAUGCUCCAACAGCCUCCUCAAUACUCGGCGCACCAGGGCUACAUGCUCGGCUCGGGUAGAAGAGUACACUAGGAUGUCGUCAAUGUAUACUACCACACCCUGCCCAUGCAUGUCCCGGAAAAUCUCGUCAACAAAGGAUUGGAAGACUGAAGGAGCAUUCAUUAACCCGUAUGGCAUGACGAGAUACUCGUAAUGACCCGAGGUGGUGCUAAAUGCUGUUUUCCAUUCAUCCCCCUCCCUAAUGCGCAACAGAUUGUACGCGCUCCUGAGAUCCAACUUUGUGAAGAACCGCGCUCCGCGUAAUGACUCCGUCAUAGUCGCAAUCAGAGGAAGAGGGUAACUGUACUUAACCGUGAUCUGAUUGAGACUACGGUAAUCAAUACACGGGCGCAAACCCCCGUCCUUCUUCUUCACAAAGAAGAAACUCGAGGAAACCGGGGAAGUGGAGGACCGGAUGUAUCCCUGUGCCAAGGACUCGGCUAUGUAAGUCUCCAUAGCCACUGUCUCUUCUUGAGACAGGGGAUACACACGGCUCCGCGGAAGUGCCGCUCCUGUUCGGAGAUCUAUCGCACAAUCCCCCUGUCUAUGAGGUGGUAGCCGUGUUGCCCUAGUUUUGCUGAACACAAGUGCUAAAUCCUCAUAUUCAGGGGGAAUGCGCAUUGCGGGCACUUGGUUCGGACUCUCCACCGAAGUCGCCCCUAAGGAAACACCUAGACAUUUCCCUACACACUGGGCAGACCACUCCAUAAUAAUAUAAUAAUAAUAAUAUGCCAUUUAGCAGACGCUUUUAUCCAAAGCGACUUACAGUCAUGCGUGCAUACAUUUGUGUAUGGGUGGUCCCAGGGUUCGAACCCACUACCUUGGCGUUACAAGCGCCGUGCUCUACCAGCUGAGCUGCCACGAAAUGGUAGGAUCAUGGGCGCUUAACCAGGGAAGCCCCAGCACCACGGGAUAUGCAGGAGAGUCGAUCAGAUAAAACUGAAUGAUCUCCUCAUGACCCCCCUGUGUCGUCAUCUUAAGUGGUGCUGUGACUUCUCUGAUCAACCCCGACCCCAGCGGCCGGCUCUCUAGGGCAUGAACAGGAAAAGGGACUUCUACCGGCCGAAGGGGAAUUCCUAGCCUAUAACAAAAUUCACGAUCAACAAAAUUCCCAGCUGCGCCUGAAUCUACUAGCGCCUUAUGCUGGGAAUGAGGUGCCACCUGUGGAAAUCUCACAGGUAUACUCAUGUGACCAACAGAGAGCUCUGGGUAAGUGGGGCGCCUACUCACCUGAAAUGACUCCCCGGUGCGUGACCUGUUGUCCCCUCUCCCAGGAGACCCUCCCCAGCACCUAGCCGCAGUGUGUCCUCCACGGCCACAGUUGGUGCAGGGGACGGCCCCCCUCGGGUUCUCUCUCCUCCUCUCCCUAGCGCCAGCACCCCCGAGCUCCAUGGGAAUCGGCUCGGAGGUGCUGGAGGGUGGAAUGGACGACCCCCACUCGGGACGUCCGCGGGUAGCCAGCAGGGUGUCGAGACGGAUGGAAAUGUCCACCAACUGGUCGAAGGCUAGGUUGGUGUCCCUGCAGUCCAGCUCACGACGAACGUCCUCUCGUAGGCUACACCGGUAAUGGUCGAUGAGGGCCCUCUCAUUCCACCCCGCAUCCGCCGCUAGAGUCCGGAACUCCAGGGCGAACUCCUGUGCACUCCUCUUCCCCUGUCGGAGGUGGAACAGACGCUCCCCCGCCGCCUUCCCCUCAGGUGGAUGAUCGAACACAGCCCUGAAGCGGCGGGAGAACUCCGCGUAGGUGAUGGUAGCGGCUUCUAUUCCCCUCCAUUCAGCGUUGGCCCACUCCAACGCCUUGCUGGAUAGACAGGAGAUGAGGGCGGAGACGCUCUCGUAUCCCGAGGGCACCGGGUGUAUGGUGGCCAGGUAUAGUUCCACCUGCAGGAGGAACCCCUGACACCCGGCUGCAGAACCAUCAUAUGCCCUCGGGAGCGAGAGCCGAAUGCCACUGGGUUCCGGUGCUGGGAGAGGAGGACUGGCCGAUGGUGAUGGUAAGGUGUGCGAAGGCGUGGGCACCUCUCCCGUAACCAACCUCUCCCGUAACCAAGUUGCCGGAUCAUGGUGUCUUGGUCGCUGAUCCGAUCCUCCAGCGACUUGGGUGCCGCCUCUGCUCCUGCUUACUCCAUAAUGGUGUGUUGUUCUGUCAAGGGCUGAGGUAAGUGUGGUGUGGAAGUCAGGCGCAGGACACCGAAGCUUAGUCCAACAAAGUUUACUAGUUAACCACUAGGCAAACAUACAAUAAACGACCUCAAAAACACACAGAGGCGAGCGAUUACGCAAACUGUGCGUAAACUCCAAAACAACAAACAGAGCAAACACGCAGCACUAGCUGACAUGCGAAAAACAACACACAACCUAACCAAUACAAAACAGGCAACUUAUAGAACACAUAAUCAGACACAAACGGACACAGGUGCAAUAGACAGACAAAAGCAAUCAAACAUAGAAACAUUCAACGGUGGCAGCUAGUACUCCGGGGACGACGAACGCCGAAGCCUGCCCGAACAAGGAGGAGGAGCAGCCUCGGCAGAAUCCGUGACACAUUCCAUGUAAUGCCCGCCACCCUCAUAUGACAUAUGACAUGCACCUCAAUGUUCAAAGAAGUACUUUGCUUUAUGUUUUUUGUGUGUUUUCUGUUAAAAGUUUGCUCAGCCCACAUGCUCUAUAUAUGUAAUGUAGAUAAUAACUAUGUAUUCAUACUAUGACUCUCCCAUUCCAUGAAAUGCCCGCCACCCUCAUAUGACAUGUCUGCUAAAAUGUUUUAUCUGGUUCUUCAAUGAUAGACAAAAAUUGAACAGUUUUAAGCUCCAACUCCUCUCCUGAUGUAACAAAAGUAUGUGGAUUAUGUCAUUAUACGUACAUUAGAGAAAGACUGCCAAUUAAGUAUUGUGGUCAGUUUGUAUUACCUUGUAAAUUAAAUUAAAAUAUAGUGGCUGGUGGGGUUCUACUUGGGGAGAGUGGGUCCACCGAGAGACUGAAGUGAGAUGAGUGGAGGCUCAGAUGAGUGGAGGCUCAGAGAAGUGUCACCCCGUCCCGAUCUAUAGGAUAGAGCCCCUCUCUACUCUCACCAAUAACCACCAUUGAAUCUUAGCUAUAAUGACAAACAAGGAAUAAUAAUGACUCGAUAUCCUCUCCUAAUCUGUCCAGAACUCUUAUUCAUUUUACAGCAGGUUUGCAAGUAACAAAAAUAAAUACAAUUACAUUGUAGUAUAGUUAAAUGCUUCUUUCUCUCUCUCCCAAGCCAAACCCAUCCAUCCCUCUCCACCUCCACCUCCGCCUCCCUGUUUUACCCCACCCAAGCCAAGCUUGUCCCUGCCUCCCAUCCUUGCCCACCCUUGCCCACCCUUGCCCACCCUUGCCAAGCUUGUCCCAACCUCCCAUCUUUUCCCAAAUCAAAUCAAAUCAAAGUGUAUUGGUCACAUACACACAUAUUUAGCAGAUGUUAUUGCUGCUGUAGCGAAAGGCUUGUGUUCCUAGCUCCAACAGUGCAGUAGUAUCUAACAAUUCACAACAAUACACACAAAUCUAAAAGUAAAAGAAAGGAAUUAAGAAAUAUACAAAUAUUAGGAUGAGCAAUAUCGGAGUGGCAUUGACUAAAAUAUAGUAGAAUACAGUAUAUACAGUGCAUUUGGAAAGUAUUCAGACCACUUCCCUUUUUCCACAUUUUUCAAUGUUACAGCCUUAUUCUAAAAAUGAUUAAAUUCACUUUUUUCCUCAUCACUCUACAUACAACACCCCUUAAUGACAAAGCAAAAACAGGUUUUUAGAAAUGUUUGCAAAUGUAUUAAAAAUUAAAAACAGAAAUAUCUUAUUUACAUAAGUAUUCAGACCCUUUGCCAUGAGACUUGAAAUUGAGCUCAGGCGCAUCCUGUUUCCAUUGAUCAUCCUUGAGAUGUUUCUACAAAUUGAUUUGGAAAGGCACACACCUGUCCAUAUAAGGUCCCACAGUUGAAGUGCAUUUCAGAGCAAAACCCAAGCCAUGAGGUCGAAGGAAUUGUCCGUAUGGCUCCAAGACAGGAUUGUGUCGAGGAACAGAUCUGGGGAAGGGUACCAAAACAUUUCUGCAGCAUUGAAAGUCCCCAAGAACACAUUCUUAAAAAGAUUAAGUUUGGAACCACCAAUACUCUUCCUAGAGCUGGCCGCCCGGCAAAACUGUGUAUUUGGGGGAGAAGGGCCAUGGCCAGGGAGGUGACAAAGAACCAGAUGGUCACUCUGACAGAGCUCCAGAGUUCCUCUGUGGAGAUAGGAGAACCUUCCAGAAGGACAAACUUCUCUGCAGUACUCCACCAAUCAGGCCUUUGUGGUAGAGUGGCCAGACGGAAGCCACUCCUCAGUAAAAAGGCACUUAAAGGACUCUCAGACCAUGAGAAACAAGAUUCUCUGGUCUGAUGAAACCAAGAUUGAACUCUUUGGCCUGAAUGCCAAGCGUCAUGUCUGGAGGAAACCUGGCACCAUCCUUUUGGUGAAGCAUGAUCGUGGCAGCAUCAUGCCGUGGGGAUGUUUUUCAGUGGCAUGGACUGGGAGACUAGUCAGGAUCGAGGGAAAGAUGAACGGAGCAAAGUAUAGAGAGAUCCUUGAUGAAAACCUGCUCCAGAGCGCUCAGGACCUCAGACUGGGGCGACGGUUAACAUUCCAACAUGACAACGACCCCAAAAAACCCACCCAAGACAGCAAGUCUCUGAAUGUCCUUGCGUGGCCCAGCCAGAGCCCGGAUUUGAACCUGAUCUAACACCUCUGGAGAGACCUGAAAAUAGCUGUGCAGCGACGCUCCCCAUCCAACCUGACAGAUCUUGAGAGGAUCUGCAGAGAAGAAUGGGAGAAACUCCCCAAAUACAGGUGUGCCAAGCUUGUAGCUUCAUACCCAAGAAGACUCGAGGCUGUAAUUGCUACCAAAGGUGCUUCAACAAAGUACUGAGUAAAGGGUCUGAAUACUUAUGUAAAUUUGAUAUUUCAAUAUUCUUUUUAUAUAUAUAUGUAUUUUCAAAAAUGUCUAAAAACCUGUUUUUGCUCUGUCAUUAUGGGGUAUUGUGUGUGGAUUGUUGAGGAACAAAUACAAUUUAAUCCAUUUUAGAAUAAGGCUGUAACAUAACAAAAUGUGGAAAAAGUAAAGGGGUCUGAAUACUUUCUGAAUGCACUGUAAAGUAGAAUGUAAACAUUAUAGCAGUAUGUAAACAUUAUAAGUGACUAGUGAUUCCAUGUCUAUGUGCAGGGUUGUGUAACCAAGUGGUAGCUGGCUAGUGAUGGCUAUUUAACAGUCUGAUGGCCUUGAGAUAGAAGCUGUUUUUCAGUCUCUCGGUCCCAGCUUUGAUGCACCUGUACUGUCCUCGCCUUCUGGAUGAUAGCGGGGUGAACAGGCUGUGGCUCAGGUGGUUAUUGUCCUUGAUGAUCUUUUUGGCCUUCCUGUGACUUCAGGUGCUCUAGGUGUCCUGGAGGGCAGGCAGUGUGCCCCCGGUGAUGCGUUGGGCAGACCACACCACCCUCUGGAGAGCCCUGCUGUUGCGGGAGGAACAGUUACCGUACCAGGCGGUGAUACAGCUCGACAGGAUGCUCUUAUUUGUGCAUUUGUAAAAGUUUAGGGGCAAGCCAAAUUUCUUCAGCCUCCUGAGGUUGAAGAGGCGAUGUUGCGCCUUCUUCACCACACUGUCUGUGUGGGUGGACCAUUUCAGAUGGUCAGUGAUGUGUACGCAGAGAAAUUGAAGCUUUUCACCUUCUCCACAGCGGUCCCGUCGAUGUGGACAGGGGCGUGUUCCUUCUGCUGUCUCCUGAAGUCCACGAUCAGCUCCUUUGUUUUUUCUUUACGUUGAGUGAGAGGUUAUUUUCCUGGCACCACACUCCCAGAGCCCUCACCUCUUCUCUGUAGGCUGUCUCGUCACUGUUAAUCAGGCCUACUACUGUUGCGUCGUCUGCAAACUUGAUGAUUGAGUUGAAGGCGUGCGUGGCCACGCGAUCAUGGGUGAACAGGGAGUACAGGAGGGGGCUGAGCAUGCACCCUUUUGGGGCCCCUGUGUUGAAGAUCAGCGUAGUGGAGGUGUUGUUUCCUAUCUUCACCACCUGGGGGCAGCCCGUCAGGAAGUCCAGGACCCAGUUGCACAGGGCGGGGUUCAGACCCAGGGCACCCAGAUUAAUGAUGAGCUUGGAGGGUACUAUGGUGUUGAAGGCUGAUCUAUAGUCAGUGAACAGCAUUCUUACAUACGUAUUCCUCUUGUCUAGAUGGGAUAGGGCGGUGUGCAGUGCGAUGGCGAUUGCAUCGUCUGUGGAUCUAUUGGGGCGGUAUGCAAAUGUAAGUGGGUCUAGGGUGUCAGGUAAGUUGGAGGUGAUAUGAUCCUUGACUAGCCUUUCAAAGCACUUCAUGAUAACAGAAGUGAUUGUUACGGGGUGAUAGUCAUUUAGUUCAGUUACCUUUGUUGUCUUGGGUACAGGAACAAUGGUGGACAUCUUGAAGCAAGUGGGGACAGCAGACUUUGAUAGGGAGAGAUUGAAUAUGUCCGCAAACACUCCAGUCAGCUGGUCUGCGCAUGGUCUGAGGACGCGGCCAAGGAUGCCGGCAGACUUGUGAGGAUUAACACGAUUAAAUGUCUUACUCACGUCAGCCACGGAGAACGAGAGCCCACAGUCCUUUGGAGCGGGCACUGUGUUAUCCUCAAAGAAGGUGUUUAGCUUGUCCGGGAGCAAGACAUCAGUGUCUGCGACGUAGCUGGCUUUCCCUUUGUAUUCCGUGACUGUCUGUAGACCCUGCCACAUACACUACUAGUCAAAUGUUUGGACACACCUACUCAUUCAAGCGUUUUUCUUUCUUUCUUUUUUAAAAUGUUCUACAUUGUAGAAUAAUAGUGAAGACAUCAACACUAUGAAAUAACACAUUUGGAAUAAUUUAGUAACCAAAAAAGUGUUAAACAAAUCAAAAUAUAUUUUAUAUUUGAGAUUCUUCAAAUAGCCACCCUUUGCAUUGAUGACAGCUUUGCACACUCUUGGCAUUCUCUCAACCAGCUUCAUGAGGUAGUCACCUGGGGCCAAGCUUCCUGCCAUCCAGGACCUCUAUACCAGGCAGUGUCAGAGGAAGGCCCUAAAAAUUGUCAAAGACUCCAGCCACCCUAGUCAUAGGCUGUUCUGUCUGCUACCGCACGGCAAGCGGUACCGGUGCGCCAAGUCUAGGUCCAAGAGGCUUCUAAACAGCUUCUACCCCCAAGCCAUAAGGCUCCUGAACAUCUAAUCAAAUGGCUACCCAAACUAUUUGCAUUGCCCCCCACCACCCUCUUUUACGCUGCUGCUACUCUCUGUUUAUUAUCUAUCUUUAAUAACUCUACCUACAUGUACAUAUUACCUCAAGUUCUUCGACUAACCGGUGCCCACGCACAUUGACUCGUUACCGGUACCCCCUGUAUAUAGCCUCGCUAUUGUUAUUUUACUGCUGCUCUUUAAUUAUUUGUUACUUUUAUUUCGUAUUAUUUUAUAUUGUAUUUCUUGUGUGAUUUUUUUUUGGUAUUCUUUCUUAAAACUGCAUUGUUGGUUAAGGGCUUGUAAGUAAGCAUUUCACUGUAAGGUCUACACCUGUUGUAUUCGGCGCAUGUGACAAAUAACAUUUGAUUUGAUUUGAAUUAACAGGUUCUUAAAAGUUAAUUUUUGGAAUUUAUUUCCUUCUUAAUGCGUUUGAGCCAAUCAGUUGUGUUGUGACAAGGUAGGGGGGGUAUACAGAAGAUAGCCCUAUUUAGUAAAAGACCAAGUCCAUAUUAUGACAAGAACAGCUCAAAUAAGCAAAGAGAAAUGACAGUCCAUCAUUACUUUAAGACAUGAAGGUCAGUCAAUAUGGAACAUUUCAAGAACUUUUAAAGUUUAUUCAAGUGCAGUCGCAAAAACGAUCAAGCACUAUGAUGAAACUGGCUCUCAUGAGGACCGCCACAGGAAUGGAAGAACCAGAGUUACCUCUGCUGCAGAGGAUAAGUUCAUUAGAGUUACCAGCCUCAGAAAUUGCAGCCCAAAUAAUUCCUUCACAGAGUUCAAGUAACAGACACAUCUCAACAUCACCUGUUCAGAGGGGACUGUGUGAAUCAGGCCUUCAUGGUCGAAUUGCUGCAAAGAAACCACUACUGAAGGACACCAAUAAGAAGAAGAGACCUGCUUGGGCCAAGAAACACGAGCAAUGGAUAUUAGACCAGUGGAAAUUUGAUAUUUGGUCUGGAGUCCAAAUUGGAGAUUUUUGGUUCAAACAGUCAUGUCUUUGUGAGACGCGUGAGGGUGAACGGAUGAUCUCCGCAUGUGUAGUUCCCACCGUAAAGAAUGGAGGAGUAGGUGUUAUGGUGUGGGGGUGCUUUGCUGGUGACACUGUCUGUGAUUUAUUUAGAAUUCAAGGCACACUUAACCAGCAUGGCUACCACAGCAUUCUGCAGCGAUACGCCGUCCCAUCUGGUUUGGGCUUAGUGGGACUAUCAUUUGUUUUUCAACAGGACAAUGACACAACACACGUCCAGGCUGUGUAAGGGCUAUUUUACCAAGAAGGAGAGUGAUGGAGUGGUGCAUCAGAUGACCUGGCCUCCACAAUCCCCCGACCUCAACCCAAUUGAGAUGGCUUGGGAUGAAUCGGACGGCGGAGUGAAGGAAAAGCAGCCAACAAGUGCUCAGCAUAUGUGGGAACUCCUUCAAGACUGUUGGAAAAGCAUUCCAGAUGAAGCUGGUUGAGAGAAUGCCAAGAGUGUGCAAAGCUGUCAUCAAGGCAAAGGGUGGCUAUUUGGAGAAUCUCAAAUAUAAAAUAUAUUUUGAUUUGUUUAACACUUUUUUGGUUACUACAUGAUUCCAUAUGUGUUAUUUCAUAGUUUUGAUGUCUUCACUAUUAUUCUACAAUAUAAGAAAUCAUAGUAAAAAUAAAGAAAAAUCCAUGAAUGAGUAGGUGUGUCCAAACUUUUUACUGGUACUCUACGUCUCGUGUCUCAGCCGUUGAAUUGCGACUCCACUUUGUCGCUGUUCGGACAUUUUGCCUGUUUGAUUGCCUUACGGAGGGAAUAACUACACUGUUUGUAUUCCACCAUAUUCCCAGUCACCUUGCCGUGGUUAAAUGCGGUGGUUCGCGCUUUCAGUUUUGCGUGAAUGCUGCCUUCUGUCCACGGUUUUUGGUUUCAGUAGGUUUUAAUAGUCACAUUUAAACCUACCCAAAAAACCUACCCAUCUUUUCCCACCCUUCCUACCUCUCUGACACACUUACACCCAUCCAUCCAUCGACUUACUCUUCCGUCCUCAUUCAUUCCCGCCCAACAUAUACCCUAUGGAUCCAUCCACCCAUUCUCUCCCACCCUCUGACACAUAUUCAUAUUCACCAUCCCUCACUCUUCCCUCACACUCUUAUUCAUAUAUACACACACACACACACACACACACACACACACACACACACACACACACUCCCACACACACACGCAAACGCACAUAGAUCCGUUUUUGACAUACAGUACAUGCCAUAUUUCCCCCUUUGAAUUGUCUUUUCAGUGUCCAUGUAGCCCAUUGGCAUCAGCUACUUCUAUCUUUACUUUGUAGAGAAGAGCAGUUACUUAUGGAAAGUAGAGUAUAGAUUAUAUUGCGGGAGGUGGAAAGGAUAUUGUCUCAAUUUACGAUAACAUUUGAUUUAAGCUGGGUUUAGGCAUCACUGUAUGUAGCCUAUUGUAGCCAUUGUUAUUUCCUACUUUGUCCUCUUCUCAUAGCAGGCAGGGGGCUCUCCUCCUUCAACUGGGAAGGUUUCUGAGAAGGUUUCUUGUAGCUUGAUUAGGGCUUCAUCUGCGCUUGUGAAUUCCAUCCUUUGCGUUACCUUCCUUCACGACGAUCCUAUGGCAUCGUUCCAGACUUCUACAUUCAGUAGAUCAGAUAUCUGGGUCUUGGUGCCUUGUACACCCUGACCUUGUUUCUCCUGUUCACUGGUUAGUUGGGCAUCUAGGUUUCUACAUUUUACAGACUGCAGGUAGCCUAGCGGUUAAGAGCGUUGGGCUAGUAACUGAAAGGUCUCUGGGUCAAAUCUGUCGAUGGCCCUCUGAAUAAGAGUGUUUGUUAAAUGUUAUGGUGACAUAUAAUAGUUUUGUGUGAUCGACUGUGCUGGUGGGAUUAUUACACGCAAAUGGUGCUACUGUAUGGAAACAUGAGUUCACACAGAGCUCUGCUCCUGUAUAAUGUACACAUGUACAGUACAUAAUCAUGUAUGUAAUAUCUUAUGUAGUACAGAUUAAACUCAGUUCCUGUCCCCCCACCCCUCUCCCCCUUUCUCUUAUAUUCUGCUCUCUAACCCCUCAUAGUCAAUUUACACACAACUCUGACACACACACUUACCCCACCAGACAUGCCACGAGGGGUCUUUUCACAGUCCCCAAAUCCAGAACAAAGACCUGCCCUGCUGUGUGUCUCCAGGGUGAAUAGAGGACUAUGUGUGGAGUGUGUGAGUUGUAACCGCUUUGACCAUCUCCUGUCAUAUUACAAAACCCUGCCAUGCAACUCAUUAUGUCUCUAUGUGACAGUUCAUAGCCUGGGAGAGAGAGAGAGAGAGACAAGAUUUGUGAGUGUGUGUGUGUCCCUGUGUGUGUCCUGGCAUAAUCCUGCAGAGGUCUAGAGCAGUCAUUUUAGGCUCUAGGAAGUGAUGCUCACAAAGAGAAAGAGAGAGUGUCCCAUUGUGUAGUUCCCUUUAAGUUCCCUUUAAGUUACCAGGACUUCAUUGAGGACCAUGUUAAGACAUUUGGAAGAUGUAGUCAGGACAUCACGUGAUGGUCCCCAGGGGGUUUUAAGGUAAGUGGGAUGCUGUUCUGCUAAAAUAGUGUAACAAAUUUUUUUAAUCAAUGACAAUAUGAUUAGAUUUGACAUGAUCACUUAGUACUGACUUUUCAAAUAGACCUCACCUGGGUUUUGAACUCACAACUUCUGCGUUUGGGAAACACUGCUCGUUCUGCUGCACCACGAAGUCUGCAGCAUUCUCAUAAGUCCCCUGCACAUUCAUUACCUAUAAUACAUCUCUGCACUUAGCAAAAUAGUGCCAUGUACACUGCUAUUUAAGUUAUCAGUUAAUCUGACUAAUUUCUCAUCAUUGAUUUAAUUAACUUAUCUCAGCAAUUUGAGGGUUUUCUAGUACAGUUGUCUAAUGUUGGUGGAGCAUAUUAUUGGGCCUUUUAUAAACGCAUUUCAUGCAAUUCUAUGUAAUUUUACACGACUGGAAACUUUAGCAGGAUAUUUUUUAAUACCGCACAGGUUCUUGAAAUGUCAGGCUACUUUGACACUGACAAACUGAGAAUGAGAGAUCAUUAAAAAUGACCUCAUCUUGAAUCCAUCAAUAGCCUAGGCCUAGGUGUGUGGAGGAGACACACAUAUUGUACAAUAUGAGGAGGAAAUUAUAGUCCUUAAAAAGCUUUCCAGUUUCACUGACCGAUGAGCUCGUGCCAAAAGCCUAUCUCUCUCGUUUUAGUUUGUAAAAACAAUGCUGUUCGCUCAAUAGGCCUAGUUACAGCCAGAUAACAAUUUUUGUUUCAGCAGGAGCCAUUUACUUUCCAACCUGUGCUAUCCCAUGAUUGUAUUUUAAAUAUUGUGAAAGGCCUGUUUUCGCUGCAUGCUGUUCACUGACAGAUUUGCCACAAGUUCCUGACUGUAGGCAAUGCCUUGUGAUUGGGCUACACACAAUCCACAGAUAGGCUAUUGAAAAAAAAAUAAAGCUAUUGAUCCUCUGGCUAAAUUAUAGGCCUACUCCUGGUGUAGUAUUCUGAAAUAAUUUAAUUUAUUUCUGAACAGAUGGCAUUAAUUCUAUAAAUGUGGCAAAUGUAUUUCAAUUUAUCAGGGGUGCUGCAGCACCACCAGCACCCUUCCCAUGGCUAUGAUUCUAUAAGGAAAUAAAUGAUGAUUGUUGCAGGCUCAUGUCUAUCAGAGCAGAGAGAGGGAAGGAGAUCAUAGAAAGUUAAUCUGAUUCUGAUUCUGUGAGAGAUAGGCUACAGUCAUGCUUCUCUCUCGCACCACAGCAACUGCCACUAGUCUCUAGGCUACAAUGUUGCGCAAAUCAUAAACCCGGGCUGGCCCAACCCGAAUAAAUUCUUAGAAUAUCAGGCACUGGUUGAAAAUCUAUGUUUUCACAUUACAUUAGGCAUAACAUUUUUAGGGAGCAGGAAAAUUAUGUUUCAUGCCACAAGAGGUACCGGAUCCUGGCAAAUAGGUUCCGGAACUAAACAGUCCAAAACAGAGAGGUGCCACGGCUCAAAUUAAGCACGGGUAUAUUUAUAACAGAGCUGAGAUUGACUUUGAAGUACAAAGUGUAGGAAUACAGGUGAAUUCAGUCAAUAGGCAGGUUUCCAUUGACCCAGGUUAAUUAGAUAAAAGCAAUGUCGCAAAAACAAAUCAUUGCGAUGUGCAAUGGAAAUGGCAGAUAUAGGAGAAAUGUUCUAAAGAUCGACAACAUUUUGAUCAGUUUCCCAGGAGUGGAUUUUUCUUUCGUCAAACUUUCUUUAUUGCAACAAAUAAGGGAUGGAAACAGUUUUUCGAAUAAAUUAUGAUUGCCAAAUAAUUUUGAAGGUACACGGGGCAUGUGGUUAGGGUGACCACAUGUCCCGGAUUGUGCAGGACAGUCCCGCAUUUUGGUCCUUUGUCCUGCAUCCUGCAACCAAACAAUUAUGUCCUGCAUUUUAUCAACACAAUCAAAUUUAGAACAAAAGGUUGAUUUGUCCCGUAUUUCAGUGAGACGUUCCAACCUGUCUCUUGCAGUCACGUUGGCUUAUGAAAUAUUAAUGAUGAGGAUGUGGUAGCCUAAGCCUAAUGGUGAUGAUUAAACACUUCUCCAAUCGUUGUUGAGAUCUGAUAUUCUGCGCAGCGCAAGAUGAGACAGUAGGCCAAUGUCAUAAGCCUAUCGUCAACCAAUCAUAUUUCUCAAAUCCUUUCGGGCUAAAUUCCAGCUAAACUUGGAGAGGACAGUUAGAUUCUGUGCUUCCAACUUUGUGGCAACAGUUUGGGGAAGGCCCUUUCCUGUUUCAGCAAAGCGAGGUCCAUACAUAAAUGGUUUGUCGAGAUCGGUGUGGCCACUGCGAGCCAGGCCUAAUCGCCCAACAUCAGUGCCCAACAUCACUAAUGCUCUUGUGGCUGAAUGGAAGCAAGUCCCCGCAGCAAUGUUCCAACAUUUAGUGUAAAGCCUUCCCAGAAGAGUGGAGGCUGUUAUAGCAGCAAACGGGGGACCAACUCCAUGUGUCCAUAUACGUUUGGUCAUGUAGUGUACUUACAAAAAAGCGUGCUUCUGAUGAAUAACUACAAAAUUAAGUAAAUAGCCUUAUUAGACUUAAAGAUAUAAGGUAAUUUCAUCAAAAUUGUGAGGCUCUCCAUGCUUAUUAGUUGCUCAUUUAAUAUAUUUGCUGCUACUUCACUCAAUCCCAUGUUAAACGUCUCCCAUCCAAACUGAUUUACAUUCCCUGAAACCUACCAGAAAUGUUUCCUUGGACAAAUAUUCCCAGAUUUUCAUAAAACACAUUAUCUAAUUUAUCAUUAUCUAAUUUCUAUCACCAAAUUUUGCAUAAGGCAAAAGAGUUAGCUACACUUCAAUUGCUCGUUCGGUGCAGCGGUGUCACGUUCGUUCAUGAACGGGUCAGACCAAGGCGCAGCGUGAUAUGCAUACAUGUUUAUUUGACUUAUAAACCCAACGACAAAACAAGAAACGAAACGUGAAGUCCAAGGUACACAAACAACAUACCUAACACGGAACAAGAUCCCACAACCCACUAGUGCCAAUAGGCUGCCUAAGUAUGGUCCCCAAUCAGAGACAACGAGCGACAGCUGCCUCUGAUUGGGAACCACACUGGCCAACAUAGAUCUAGACGUACUAGAUCUAAACCUAGAAAAUACAACAUAGAACAUAGAAAGUCACACCCUGACUCAACAAAUAAGAGUCCCCAGAGUCAGGGCGUGACAAGCGGACUGCAGGGUGUAGUGCUUCCAGAGCACACCAGAGCGUCGCUCCGCCACUUCUCAGAAUGGUGCUCAUAGAGUUGAUCAGGCAUAUUGGCGGGAACUGGAACACGCUGUUGUAUGUGUCGAUCCAGAGCAUCCCAAACAUGCUAAAUAGGUGACAUGUCUGAUGAGUAUGCAGGCCAUGAAAGAACUGGGGCAUUUUCAGCUUCCAGGAAUUGUGUACAGAUCCUUGCGACAUGAGGUUAUGGCGGCGGAUGAAUGGCACGACAAUGGGCCUCAGGAUCUCAUCACGGUAUCUCUAUGCAUUCCGUAGCUUAUGCCUGCCCAUACCAUAAUCCCACCGCCACCAUGGGGCAUUCUGUUCACAACAUUGACAUCAGCAAACAGCUCACCCACACACCGCCAAACACUCUGUCUGUCAUCUACGUGGUACAGUUGAAACCGGGAUUCGUCCGUGAAGAGCACACUUCUCCAGCAUGCCAGUGGCAAUCGAAGGUGAGCAUUUGCCCACUGAAGUCGAUUACGACGCCGAACUGCAGUCAGGUCAAGCACGCAAAUUAGCUUCCCUGAGAUGGUUUCUGACAGUUUGUGCUGAAAUUCUUCAGUUGUGCAAACCCACAGUUUCAUCAGCUGUCCGGGUGGCUGGUCUAAGACAAUCCCACAGGUGAAGAAGCCGGAUGUGGAGGUCCUGGGCUGGCGUGGUCUGCGGUUGUGAGGCCAGUUGGAUGUACUGCCAAAUUCUCUUAAAUGACAAUGGAGGCGGCUUAUGGUAGAGAAAUAACAUUCAGUUUUCUGGCAACAGCUCUGGUGGACAUUCCUGCAGUCAGCAUGCCAAUCGCACACUUCUUCGAAACUUGAGACAUCUGUGGCUGGCAUUGUGUUGCACAUUUUAGAUUGGCCUUUUAUUGUCCCAAGCACAAGGUGCACCUGUGUAAUGAUCAUGCUGUUUAAUCAGCUUCUUGAUAUGCCACACCUGUCAGGUGGAAGGAGAAAUGCUCACUAACAGCGACGUAAACAAAUUUGUGCACACAAUUUGAGAGAAAUAAGCUUUUUGUGUGUGUGGAAAAUUUCUGGGAUUUUGAAACAUGGGACCAACAAUUUACAUGUAGCGUUUAUGUUUUUGUUCAGUAUAUUUUAAGUCACAAAAAAUUGAAUAAAAAACAUUCAAGCAUUGUUUGUCCCCCCUCAACAAAGAAAAUGGAAGACAUUUGGUUGCAUAUAAAAAACAAACCCAGGAGUGAUGUCUUCUAAUCUAACCAGGUCCUCUUUCUCAGGUCUCUCCUCUGUGGCAAUGUUGUCUGGAAGAUUAAGCUUGGGCAGGUGGGAUGAAGGAUCCCUGUAAACCACAGUUGGAUCCUGUCGCCGCUCCAGCACCUGGUUAUUCUUUUGGCAACCCCCUGCUUGGACUGUUUCGGGAACUGUUUCUCACCUACACAAUUAAUACAGAGUUCUGUUAGACAUGUUUACAUGGUACACACAAACACACUUAUUCUAAAUGAUAAUUUUUGUGUUUCACAAAAUACAGGUAGCUUCUGUUGUAACAGAAAAUAUGGUACUUUAUAUUAUGCUAGACAAUGUCUUCAAAGUGUGAUUUUACAUUCGUGAUACAUUUUAUAAUAAAAAGACAGAUAUAAAGUCAAUUGGGUUUAUCCAUUCGUUCAAGUUCUUAAAGUAUCAGUGUCAGUUGUAGGUUGUUCCCUGCGCACAUUUUCAUUGUUAUGUGCUUUAUUAUUAUUAUUAUUAUUAUUAUUAUUAUUAUUAUUAUUAUUAUUAUUAUUAUUAUUAUUAUUAUUAUUAUUAUUAUUAUGUGUAUUGACAAAGAAAAACUUCCACCCUAACACACAAGUCAAGUGAUACCAUGUUUGCUAACCUAAGACACGUUUUGUCUUUUCACAGUGUGUUAUCACAUCAGGUGCUAUGUCAUUUUCAUAGGAUCGUUAUGUAGGCUUUAUGUCAGCUCAUAUAGUCUGCUCACAGUCGUAGACCCAAAGCUGUAUACAGAAUGCCUGCUGAGAAGGCAAUGUUUAACGGUUUCACAUAUAUCAGUGUUCACAGCGCGGCUUUAACAGAGAUAGAAUCGACCCUCACAGCCCGUUGUUUACGAGUGUGAGUGUGUGUGUGUGUGUGUGUGUGUGUGUGUGUGUGUGUGUGUGUGUGUGUGUGUGUGUGUGUGUGUGUGUGUGUGUGUGUGUGUGUGUGUGUGUGUGUGUGUGUGUGUAGGUGUGUUUAGGUGUUAUAACAGCGAUAGGAUUGACCACACAUUAUUUACCUCUGGGUGUGGAGAAUGUUUACUUGAUAGGUUAAGGAGAAAGAGAGAGUGUGUGUCUGUGUGCGAGUGUUUGUGUGUGUGCUCACCUGAAUAGUGUACAGUAUUAUUAUGUAGAGCUAACAUAUUCUCUCUCCUCCACUCCCUCUCCUUCUCCCCCCACUCCUCCCCCUUUAGGCUGAGGGUUCCACGUUUCUCCAGAUGGGUGCCUCCCUGGAGCAGCAGAUCGUCUGCAUGUUCAAGGUACAAUAAUAUAAUAUUUGAAAGUUAAUGUUCGCUUAUAAAACCCCCUUUCAGCCAAUCAGAAUUUAGUAUUCAGCAAAGCUGUGGUCUAAAAUGUAAUGUCAGUAUAUUAUUUUAUAUUUAUGGGUUGUUCCACGAUUACAUUUUGCAUCCCUUUGAUAUUUCAAGUAGAAAUUGUGCACCAAUAUUGCCUGUUAUAUUAAAUGAAGUGCCCUUCAGAUUAUUAUUAUGAAUAAAGGCUUGAUAAAGCAGGGUUUCCCAAACUUGGUCCUAGGGCCCCCCCUCAGUGCACAUUUUGGUUUUUGCCCUAGCACUACACAGCUGAUUCAAACCUACUCAUCAUCAAGCUUUGAUUAUUUGAAUCAGCUGUGUAGUGCUAGGACAAAAAAACUAAUGUGCACCCAGGCGUGGCCCCAGGACCGAGUUUGGGAAACCCUGCUCUAAAGUGCCUAAAUUCAGCAUUUUGAUAUGUCCCUUGUCAUGUUUCUCCGACUUCUAUGAAGAUUUUAACCCACUUCUCCAAGUUUUCACCAUCAUUUUAAAGCCCUAGUGAUUUUUUAGCUUUGACAAAGUAAUUUCUGAAGAUUAUUAUUUAUUUAUGUUAUUAGUGAUCAAUUAACAUCUGUCCCUCAUUUUAUGGUCAAAUCUAUUAUGUGGAACUCUCGUUUCAAUAUGGUGAAACUAUUCAUUUUUAAGUUAUUUUGUUCAAAAGAAACAUUGUACAUAUAAUAGUCAAAUUAUAGUGUAAAAGCAGGUGAGCUGGUUCUACUCUUUUUGGCCUUUUGUUUUGUGGUGGAAAACUGAGCGCGUCCAGCACAACACGUCACCUCUAUUACCCAUAGAUAGAUAGGCUAGAAAUGUUUGAACAAUUUCAUUUUUCUGUGAAGCUUGCCUUCAAUUUCCCCUCCCUGUUGCACACAACAAGCUUCCAUUCCCCCUGUCACAAGUGGAUUUAUUGCUGAUUUAAGAUCAAAACAUCAACCCUGUCACGGUCAACUCUGUUACUUUAUUUGGCACUUCAUUGGCACUUACUAUAAUCCUUUUUUUGAGAUGGGAAAAGGUGUUUUUUUAAAUUAAUUUGAACAUGUGCUCUUUAUGACAUAAUGUUAAUUAGGUGAAAUAAAAAGUUAUUUUGGACCAAAUUACACUACCUAAAAUGUACUCUAUUAGUGGAACGACCCUUAUAUGUAAUAUGUUAAAUCAUGUCUAUAUUCUAGUUGAUGGAGGAGUAUGACUGGGGAGACUUUGUAGUCAUCACCAGCAUGUGGCCGGGAUAUGAGACGUUUGUAGACUACGUCCACUCCUACACGGACACUUCCUACUUCCUGUGGAGGCUACAGGAUAUCCUGUCUCUGGAGAUGUCCGUCGGAACCAGUGACGUCCGAGCCAAACGCAUGUUACAGCAGGUAGGAGAGAAAGUCUUUAAAAACGAUAUAUAUAUAUAUAUAUAGAGAGAGAGAGAGAGAGAGAGAGAGAGAGAGAAGAGAGAGAGAGAGGAAGAGAGAGAGACGAGAGAGAGGAGAGAGAGAGAGAGAGAUAGAGAGAGACAUCCUAUAGCAGUGGUCACCAACCUAUAGUAUAUAGGACAAGUAGCUGUUCUUUAGGGUUAGGGUUUAACCUGGAUGUGGACAUGAAGCUAGGGUUAGGGUUGAAGCUAGGGUAAUGGUUGAACCGGGAUGUUGUCAUGAAACUAGGGUUAGGGUUGUAGUUGAGGCCAGGGCUAGGGUUGAACCGGGAUGUGGACAUGAAGCUAGGGUUAGGGUUGUGGUUGAAACUAGGGUUAGGGUUGAACCGGGAUGUGGACAUUAAGCUAGAGUUAGGGUUAAGGUUACCGUUAGGUUUAGAGGUUAACGUUAGAUAAUACUUACAGUGUUAUAUCUGUCUGUCCCUCUAGAUUGAUUCCCAGGUGCUCCUGGCCUACUGUUCCUAUGAAGAGGCCCAGUACCUGUUCCAGGUAGCAGGGGAGGUGGGUCUACUGGGGCCUGGGUACAUCUGGAUCCUCCCCUCCCUCGCGUUGGGCAACACAGAGAGCCCUCCACCUAUCAGCUUCCCCAUAGGACUGAUUGGCGUCAUCACUGACCACUGGAGGAAGAGCCUGAGGCAACGUGUCAGAGAGGGAGUGGCCAUAGUGGCCAAAGGGGCGGAUAGUUUCAGAAGGUAUCAAGGGUUCCUUCCAGAGGGACACAGCGACUGUAACACACCAGUUACACACAUCAACAACAACACACUGUUCAGGUGAGUGUGUGAAGCCACACACCUUCUCGUCCUGUGUGUGUGUGCUUGUCGUAUAAGUAGACAUGUACUAAACAGGUGUGUGUGUGUGUGAGUGCCGAUAACAUACUGAAUCUGUGUGUGUGUGUUGCAGACACAUGCUAAACGUGACAUGGGAGCGUAAGGACCUGUCGUUCAACAGUGAUGGCUACCUGACCAACCCCUCCAUGGCCAUCGUCUCAUUGGACAGAGACAGACUGUGGGACAAGGUACUGAUUAUGUGUGUGUUUGUGUGUGUAAGUGUGUGUGUGUGUGUGUGUGUGUGUGUGUGUGUGUGUGUGUGUGUGUGUGUCUGGACCAUGUAUGUGUGUGUGUGGUUUGGUUCUUCUAUCCUUGUGUGUACCUAAAAUCCCCCAAAGUCCCCACAAGGAUAGUAAAACAAGAGAAAUUCUCCCUCGUGGGGACAUUUCCCACAUCCCCAUGAGGACAAAGGCUAUUUUAAGCUUAGGGGUUAGGUUUAGGGUUAGGUUUACAAUUAAGAUUAGGGUUAGAAUUAGUGUUAGGGUAAGGAGUUAGUGGUUAGGUUUAGGGGUAGGAAUUAGAUUUAGGGUUUGGAUUAUGGGUUAAGGUUAGGUUUAGGGUUAGGGGUUAGGGAAAAUAGCAUUUUGAAUAUAAAUUAAUUUUAGGUCCCUACGAGGAUAGAGGAACAUAACAUUGUGUGUGGUUGGGUGUGUGUGUGUGUGUGUGCAUAUGUGUGCAUGUGUGUGCAUGUAUGUGUGUGUGUACAGUCUGAAAACUCAAACACAAACAAAAAGUCUGGCUGCUGAGGUUUUGGCAAUGCUCCGGAUUUCCCUACAAAACACAUUCAUUCACAACCCCAUGCUUCUAUUUAUUUCCUUUUCUUUUCUUUUCAUAUCUCUUCCCUUUAACCGUCUCACUCUCUCUGUAACACUCACUCUCACUCUUUCCUUAAAACCUCUCUCCCCCUCUCCUCAGCCCUCUCCCCUCCUUACCUCCAGUGUCAUGUAGCUCAUUCAUUAGUGAAAAAGUGGUAUAGUGCACUUACAUGUGGGUUUGUGCACGUGACAUGCCCUUUUCAUCCCUUCUCUCUCUUUUUGACAUACUGACAGCACUACACAUCUCAUUUUUUAAAACUAAGUCAGGGGGAACCGUCUCUCUGUCUUCCUCACUUCUUUCCUCCUAGACAGGGAGGGAGGGGUGAUUGAUUUCAAUAACUGCCUGCGAAAGGUUUAUAACAGUUAAAACAGCACUGAGAUUCAUAGUCAGACACAAUAAUGUGGGUUAUUUACUUGCUAAUGGGGCUUUAAAUCGUGUUGUAGCUAUUUUUUAUGCCUAUAAAUCAACAGAACUAGAGUUAGAGUUAGAAAAAUGUAUUUAAGUGUCACUCCACAAUGAUACAAUAAUACAAAAUACAGAUUUUAUUUCAACCACAUUGUGGAUCACUCAAAUUGAGUUCUUCGACACUAAAAACAAUCAUGAACUAACAUUGUACAGGCUUCGUCUAUAAUACAUUACAUCAUCUAUACACGUGUAGCCUAUGCAUAAACAAACAAAACACAAUACAGUGGAUAAAAGGACAAAUAGGCACUUAAAAAGAAACGUCUCCAUUGGAGGAUAAGACGGCAGGCUUUGGCGCAGGCAUUUACAGUGCCUUCAGAAAGUAUUCAUAACCUUUGACUUAUUCCACAUUUUGUUCUGUUACAGCCUGAAUUCAAAAUGGAUUAAAUAUAUAUUUUUUCUCACCAAUCUACACACAAUACCCCAUAAUGACAAAGUGAAAACAUGGUUUUAGACACGUUUGCUAAUUUAUUGAAAAUGAAAUACAGUGCGCUCCAAAAGUAUUAGGACAGUGAAACCUUUUUUGUUUUGGCUCUGUACUGCAGCACUCUGGAUUUGAAAUUAUACAAUGACUUUGAGGUUAAAGUGCAGACUGUCAGCUUUAAUUUGAGGGUAUUUUCAUCCAUAGCGGGUGAUUUUACUAUUGGGACAAAUUGAGACAAAUGUACUUACACUGUAUGUGUAUUAACGUGGUCAAAAGUGUAGUAUUUGGUCCCAUAUUCCUAGCACACAAUGAUUACAUCAAGCUUGUGAAUACACAAACUUAUUGGAUGCAUUUGCUGUUUGUUUUGGUUGUGUUUCAGAUUAUUUUGUUCCCAAUAGAAAUGAAUGGUAAAUAAUGUAUUGUGUCAUUUCGGAAUAACUUUUAUUGUAAAUAAGAAUAGAAUAUGUUUCAAAACACUUCUACAUUCAGGUGGAUGCUACCAUGAUUACGGAUAAUCCUGAAUGAAUCGUGAAUAAUGAUGAGUGAGAAAGUUACAGAGGCAUAAAUAUCAAACCCCCAAAAACAGCCUAUAGGGAGGAGGUCAGAGACCUGGCAGUGUGGUGCCAGGACAACAACAUCUCUCUCAAUGUGAGCAAGCCAAAGGAGAUGAUCAUGGACUACAGGAAAAGGAGGGCCGAACAGGCCCCCAUUCACAUCGACAGGGCUGUAGUGGAGCGGGUCGAGAGUUUCAAGCUCCUUGGUGUCCACAUCACCAACAAACUAUCAUGGUCCAAACACACCAAGACAGUCGUAAAGAGGGCACGACAACACCUUUUCCCCCUCAGGAGACUGAAAAUAAAAGAUUUGGCAUGGGUCCCAAGAUCCUCAAAAAGUUCUACAGCUGCACCAUCGAGAGCAUCCUGACCGGUUGCAUCACCGCCUGGUAUGGCAACUGCUCGGCAUCCGACCGUAAGGCGCUACAGAGGGUAGUGCGUACAGCCCAGUACAUCACUGGGGCUAAGCUUCCUGCCAUCCAGGACCUACAGUACCAGUCAAAAGAUUGGACACACCUACUCAUUCAAGGGUUUUUCUUUAGAUUUUUUUUAAAAACUAUUUUCUACAUUGUAGAACAAUAGUGAAGACAUCAAAACCAUGAAACAACACAUAUUGAAUCAUCUAGUAACCAAAAAAGUGUUACAUCAAAAUAUUUUAGAUGUUAGCCACCCUUUGCCUUUAUGACAGCUUUGCACAGUCUUGGCAUUCUCUCAACCAGCUUCAUGAGAAAUGCUUUUCCAACAGUCUUGAAGGAGUUCCCACAUAUGCUGAGCACUUUUCCUUCACUAUGCGGUCCGACUCAUCCCAAACCAUCUCAAUUCGGUUGGCUGCUUUUCCUUCCCUCUGAAUCCCCAUCUCAAUUGGGUUGUGGUCGGGUGAUUGUGGAGGCCAUGUCAUCUGAUGCAGCACUCCAUCAGUCUCCUUGAUCAAAUAGCAGUUACACAGUCUGGAGGUGUGUGUUGGGUCAUUGUCCUGUUGAAAAACAAAAUGACAGUCCCACUAAGCGCAAACCAGAUGGGAUGGCGUAUGGCUGCAGAAUGCUGUGGUAGCCAUGUGGGUUAAUUCUAAAUAAAUCACAGACAGUGUCACCAGCAAAACACCCCCACACCAUCACACCUCCUCCUUCAUGCUUCACGGUGGGAACCACACAUGCGGAGAUCACCUACUCUGCAUCUCACAAAGGCACGGUGGAUGUAACCAAAAAUCUCAAAUUUGGACUCAUCAGACCAAAGGACAGAUUUUCACCGGUCUAAUCUCCAUUGCUUGUGUUUCUUGGCCCAAGCAAGUCUCUUCUUAUUAUUGGUGUCCUUUAGUACAUAUUUAUUUGCAGCAAUUCGACCAUGAAGGCCUGAUUAACUCAGUCUCCACUGAACAGUUGAUGUUGAGAUAUGUCUGUUACUUGAACUCUUUGAAGCAUUUUUUUGGGUUGCAAUCUGAGGUGCAGUUAACUCUAAUACAUUUAUCCUCUACAGCAUAGGUAACUCUGGGUCUUCCUUUCCUGUGGCGGUCCUCAUGAGAGCCAGUUUCAUUAUAGCGCUUGAUGGUUUUUGCGACUGCACUUGAAGAAACUUUUAAAGUUCUUGACAUUUUCCGGACUGACUGACCUUCAUGUCUUAAAGUAAUGAUGGACUGUCGUUUCUCUUUGCUUAUUUGAGCUGUUCUUGCAUAUUAUGGACUUGGUCUUUUACCAAAUAGGGCAAUCUUCUGUAUACCACUCCUACCUUGUCACAACACAACUGAUUGGCUCAAACAUUUUAAGAAGGAAAGAAAUUCCACAAUUAACUUUUAAGAAGGCAUACAUGUUAAUUGAAAUGCAUUCCAGGUGACUACCUCGUGAAGCUGGUUGAGAGAAUGCCAAGAGUGUGCAAAGCUGUCAUGAAGGCAAAGGGUGGCUACUUUGAAGAAGAUCAAAUAUACAAUAUAUUUUGAUUUGUUUAACACUUUCUUGUUUACUACAUGAUUCCAUAUGUGUUAUUUCAUAGUUGUGAUGUCGUCACUAUUAUUCUGCAAUGUAGAAAAUAGUAAAAAUUAAGAAAAAUCCUUGAAUUAGUAGGUGUGUCCAAUCUUUUGACUGGUACUGUAUAUGCGCGGCGGUGUCAGAGGAAGGCCCAAAGAAUUGCCAAAGACUCCAGUCACCCAAGUCAUAGACUGUUCUCUCUGCUACAGCACGGCAAGCGGUACCGGAGCGCCAAGUCUAGGUCCAAAAGGCUCCUUAACAGCUUCUACCCCCAAGCCAUACGACUGUUUAUGGCUUGGGGGUUACUUUUAAUUUAAUUUUUUACUUUAGUUUAUUUAGUAAAUAUUUAUUGAACUGCAUUGUUGGUUAAGGGCUUGUAAGUAAACAUUUCACGAUAAGGUCUACACCUGUUAUAUUCGACGCAUGUGAAAAAUACAAUUUGAUUUGAUUACAGCUGUGAGUUUUUCUGGGUAAGUCUCUAAGUGCUUUGCACACCUGUAUUGUAUUAUAUUUGCACAUUAUUCUUUUUGAAAUUCUCCAAGUUGGUUGUUGAUCAUUGCUAGAAUGACAUUUUCAAGUCUUGCCAUACAUUUUCAAGCCGAUGUAAGUCAAAACUGUAACUAGACCACUCAGGAACAUUCAAUAUCGUCUUGGUAAGCAACUCCAGUGUAUAUUUGGCAUUGUAUUUUUGUAAGGACAGACACUGGGAGACGAGAAGCAAGUACAGGUAGCGAACAUUUAUUGAAAAAACCGACAGGAACAAAACACUGACAGCGUCUGGACAACGGAAAACGAAACAACAUUAAUGCAGACACCGGAAUGAAACUGAGGAAGUGACAGGACAAGCCAGCUGAGGAGCGGGAACCUGUCGAGCCUGAUGGGUCGGCCGAGGCAUGGGAGCCUCACGAGCCGGCCGAGGAGCGGGAACCUGUCGAGCCUGAUGGGUCGACUGAGGCGUGGGAGCCUGACGAGCCGGCUGAGGCGUGGGAGCCUGACGAGCCGGCUGAGGCGUGGGAGCCUGACCAGCCGGCUGAGGCGUGGGAGCCUGACCAGCCGGCUUAGGCGUGGGAGCCUGCCGAGUCAACUGAGGCAAGAAAGCUCUCGAGCCAGCGAAGGCUUGGAAGCCUGACGAGCCAGCUCAGGCAUCCCUGGUUCCCUCGGCCUUGGCACCCGGACCCGACAUCACCAACACAAAAAAAAAAAAAAAAACUCUCUGAACAUUUCUUGAAGCUUAUCUUCGCUUUCAGAGAUCAAUACAAUGUCAUCUGCAUAUAAAAGAACAGACACUAUGAUUUAUGACUGGAGGGAUGGAGUUGGAAGCUCCAGGGAAAGAAGGCUGGGUGACAAAUGGAGCCCCAGUACGGUUAAGCGAGGACAGGUUCUUAACAGAGAUCACUGGGUCCUCUAAAGCUCUGCUCAGGGUCAAAAUCCACUGGAUUACCUGGAUCAGCCUCUCUCAGAUCUACAGCCCUGAGUGUGUGUUUUAUCCACUUUCAUGUACUCUUCCUCCUACCACCCCCCCCCUCUCUCUCUCUCUCUCUCUCUCUCUCUCUCUCUCUCUCUCUCUCUCUCUCUCUCUCUCUCUCUCUCUCUCUCUCUCUCUCCUCCUGCCCCCUCCCCCUCCCCCAGGUGGGUACAUUAGAGCGGGGUAUCCUCCAGGUGCGUUACCCGGUGUGGCCUCGCUAUGGCACUUUUCUCGAGACGGUAUCAGAUGACCGCCACCUGACGGUAGCCACUCUGGAGGAGAGGCCCUUCGUCAUCGUAGAAAACGUGGACCCAGACACGGGCACCUGCGUACGCAACACCGUGCCUUGCCGACGCCAGUCCAACCGCACCGAGAGGUACGCAUGACACACACACACCAACAACAUGCAAAUUGCAAAUGUAUACUGACAAAGCUGAUGCUAGAUAUUGAGACCAGGAUAAGUUUAUAUAUUUAAACACAAAAACAUACACACACAUACACACACACUGUUAAGCUGUUGUCAGAGCACAUAAAAAGCAGCUGUGUAAUCCCUAAAGCUGUGUCAAACCAUGUGCAUGAACACACCUGGAAUGAAACAGAUAACUAACACGAGCCAACCACUACACAAUCAUAACACAACAAUGACACACCGGGGGCCAACCAUUUACACACAUGUUACAUACCUGCUGCAUGUACUUAGACAUUCACACGAGUCACACAUCAAAUAUAGACCCAGUAUAUUAAUGGUGGAGAGAUGUGUGGGGAGAGUGGUUGAGUGCGAUGGCACAUUGAUUGGCUGUAAAGAAGAUGUAUCUGCCAACGCUGGCAUAUAAACUCAGCAAAAAAAGAAACUCUCACUGUCAACUGUGUUUAUUUUCAGUAAACUUAACAUAUUGUAUGACCAUAACAAGAUUCAACAACUGAGACAUAAACUGAACAAGUUCCACAGACAUGUGACUAACAGAAAUUGAAUAAUGUGUCCCUGAACAAAGGGGGGGUCAAAAUCAAAAGUAACAGUCAGUAUCUGGUGUGGCCACCAGCUGCAUUAAGUACUGCAGUGCAUCUCCUCCUCAUGGACUGCACCAGAUUUGCCAGUUCUUGCUGUGCGAUGUUACCCCACUCUUCCACCAAGGCACCUGCAAGUUCCCAGACAUUUUUGGGGGGAAUGGCCCUAGCCCUCACCCUCCGAUCCAACAAGUCCCAGACGUGCUCAAUGGGAUUGAGAUCCGGGCUCUUCGCUGGCCAUGGCAGAACACUGACAUUCCUGUCUUGCAGAAAAUCACGCACAGAACGAGCAGUAUGGCUGGUGGUAUUGUCAUGCUGGUGGGUCAUGUCAGGAUGAGCCUGCAGGAAGAGUACCACAUGAGGGAGGAGGAUGUCUUGCGUUGAGAUUGCCUGCAAUGGUAACAAGCUCAGCCCGAUGAUGCUGUGACACACCGCCCCAGACCAUGACGGACCCUCCACCUCCAAAUUGAUCCCGCUCCAGAGUACAGGCCUCUGUGUAACGCUCAUUCCUUCGACGUUAAACGCGAAUCCAACCAUCACCCCUGGUGAGACAAAACCGCGACUCGUCUGUGAAGAGCACUUUUUGCCAGUCCUGUCUGGUCCAGCGACGGUGGGUUUGUGCCCAUAGGCGACGUUGUUGCCGGUGAUGUCUGGUGAGGACCUGUCUUACAACAGGCCUACAAGCCCUCAGUCCAGCCUCUCUCAGCCUAUUGUGGACAGUUUCAGCACUGAUGAAGGGAUUGUGCGUUCCUGGUGUAACUCGGGCAGUUGUUGUUGCCAUCCUGUACCUGUCCCGCAGGUGUGAUAUUCGGAUGUACCGAUCCUGUGCAGGUGUUGCUACACGUGGUCUGCCACUGUGAGGACGAUCAGCUGUCCGUCCUGUCUCCCUGUAGCUCUGUCUUAGGCGUCUCACAGUACAGACAUUGCAAUUUAUUGUCCUGGCCACAUCUGCAGUCCUCAUGUCUCCUCGCAGCAUGCAAAAGGCACGUUCACGCAGAUGAGCAGGGACCCUGGGCAUCUUUCUUUUGGUCAGUAGAAAGGCCUCUUUAGUGUCCUAAGUUUUCAUAACUGUGACCUUAAUUGCCUACCGUCUGUAAGCUGUUAGUAUCUUAACGACCGUUCCACAGGUGCAUGUUCAUUAAUUGUUUAUGGUUCAUUGAACAAGCAUGGGAAACCGUGUUUAAAACCUUUACAAUGAAGAUCUGUGAAGUUAUUUAGAUUUUUACAAAUUAUCUUUGAAAGACAGGGUCCUGAAAAAGGGACGUUUCUUUUUUUUGUUGAGUUUAUAUCAUGGUAGGAUAGAAAUCACACAACUCUCUCUCUCUCUCUCUCUCCUCUCUCUCUCUCUCUCUCUCUCUCUCUCUCGCUCUCUCUCUCUCUCUCUCUCUCUCUCUCUCUCUCUCUCUCUCCUGAUUCAAUAAAUACUUUGUUGGCAUGAAUGGGUGGUUGCCACUGUUGCAAAGCAAUGUAUAUGAAGUAUUACAUAAAUUAACAAUAUGUUUGAGCAACGAUAAUAAUAUAUAGGAAAAUAAUAAAGAAAACAUUUAACAAACAGCAACAACUGAGAAAUUAGAUCUACAAGGGCUCAUGUGUAUGACAUGGUGGGAGCUAUUGUCUCUCUUAUAUUAUGACAGGCCAGGACAUAAUCUGGAGCAAGAUCUACUCUCUACAUUUUCUUCUAACAAAAUGCAGAUGUUCUACUCAACAGGCAGUUCAAGAAAUCCUGCAAUGCUUUCUUCAAAUUUCAGGAGAUCAAUACCUCAUAUUUUGAGCAGUGGAGUAGGAAGAGCUGCUCAUUCUCUAUUCACCCGACCCACAGUGCUUACAUAGUCUUUCUUCUUUGACCUUCCAUGUUGUCUAUGGCGUCUGUCUCUUAUAUUGAAAGGCUAUGCAUCUCUCUCUAUCUCUCUCCUAUAUCCCUCUCUCCUCUCUCUCUCUCUCUCUCUAUCUUCUCUCUCUCUCUCUCUCUAUAUCUCUCUCUCUCUCUCUCUAUGUCUCUCUCUCUCUCUCUGUCUAUCUCUAUCUAUCUCUCUCUCUCUCUCUCUCUGUCGUCUCUCUCUCUCCUCUUCUCUCUCUUCUCUCUUCUCUCUCUCUCUCUCUCUCUCUCUCUGUCUCUGUCUCUCUGUCUCUGUCCUUGGGGUGUGAGAAAGAGGGGGAGAGAUUGAGAGAGACAGAGUUAGUGAAUGUAAAAUAGAGGAUGUUAAUCAUAUGUUGGUGACACAGCUAUUCUCCGUAGCAGAUGUUUGGUGUAAUUGAAAGGUUCUUUACUCAUUAAAACUCCUCUCUUUGGACAGCGGCUGGUCUCGUUGGCAAGAUAACUGAACUCCAUUAAGUGAGAGUAGCAUAAACAGGUUGGUUGUUUAGCAUCAAAACCGAUGCGUGUGCAACUAUGUGGCAAAACAGACAGAGUUGGCUUAGAUUGUUGACAACAUGUAAACUACAUUUAGUCUCAAAUGUUUAUUGAAAACAAAUACAUUUGCACAAUGAGCACUUGUCUCAAAUACAUAAUUAUAGUUGUUGGUUAGCUAGCUAGCAAAUUAUUGCCAUAUUAGCAUAGAUGUGACAUCAGUCAAAACACCUCAAAACAAUGGUAUCAAGAACAAGAUAAAACUAUCUGAAACAAGCCACCUACAAUUCCCCACAUUGCAACAUCUUGUCAUUGUUGCUAGCUAUCUGGCCAUCCCAAAUCACAACAACACACAGACUUCUGCCCCAUUGAAACAUGUGCAUUGUUUUCGUAACGUUGUCAGCUAACCAUUCUAUAAGGCAAAGUCAAAGGCACGCUCUCUGAACUGACUAUGGGCUAGCCGCAAGAGUGAAGCUAUUGGUGUAUGGUUCUACAUGCUGUAUGAUGCUUUGUCUGGGUAAAAUCCUAACUUAUCUACGUGUGGAUAUCUCAGUGUAAUGUAGUCGCCGUAUACCUACGUGCGGUUCUGGUUCGGGGAUGCACAGAGUGCACGAGAGUUGUAUUGUAAAGGCAGAAUUUUCAUGUGCAGCGCUGCAGAAACUAGUAUAGUUAUGUAGAAGCUUUGGGACAAUUGUAACAACUGAUGGCCACUAGAUUAUCGCCAGUUGAUAUCGCCAGCUCUCGUUAAACCAUAAAUACGAGCUAAAACCACCCACAUAACUGAUCUCAAUUGCAACCAUCAUCCACCACCGUUUAACCUCUUCAUAACGCAGAUUUCCAAAAGGCUUCUUAACAGCUUCUACCCCCAAGCCAUAAGACUCCUGAACAGCUAAUCAAAUGGCUACCCGGACUAUUUGCAUUGUUCUCCACCCCCUCUUUUACGCUGCUGCUACUCUCUGUUUAUUAUCUAUGCAUAGUCACUUCAAUUAUACCUACAUGUACAUAUUACUUCAACUACCUCAACUAACCGGUGCCCCCGCACAUUGAACCUGUACUGGUACCCCCUGUAUAUAGCAUCGUUAUUGUUAUUUUUACUGUUAUUUUACUGCUUUUAUUUUUUACUUAUCUGUUGUUUACAUAACACUUAUUUUUCUUAAAACUGCAUUGUGACAAAUACAAUUUGAUUUGAUUUCGGGGUUAUCUUUUAGUCCUGAUUACAACCAACAUUUUUCAAGAUUAUUUUGCUCUCUGGUGGGUAAUAUCAUCGGAACAUUUUAAUCGUGCUUGUUGAGCAGACUAAAGGCGAUUUAUCUAUGUGACAAUCAUUCCGUACAACUGAAAUAAAGUAUUUCCUUUUUUACCACGGCAAAUCUACUGUGGCAAUUUUCCCGACAAGUUGUAUGAUGGAAAAGUAAUGUUAAAGGUGUAGCCUACUCUUAUUAUUUUAUUCAGUUCCAAUUGAUGUAAUCCAUUAAAUACAACUGUCUUUAAAAGAAAAUGGUCUGAUAUGGUCAUAUCUUGUCAAGAUCGGGGGUAAAAUAUCCCUGGAUAAUCCAUAUUUGAAAUUUGCAACUAAAUCAAGUAAAUAAAAAUAUAUUUUGUAUCAAAUUAAGAUAUCUUGAAAGUCAAUUAUUAUGUUAUUUUGCCAUUUAAGGUGAAGCGUUUGAAUGAAAUAUAGGCCUACUACUUCUAUAUUCUUAUGCUCAAAUAAGUAUUUUUGACAUCCAGCAGCCUUGGUUUCUGAUGCUCCUGAUAUUACAGGGCGGUAGUAGAGAAUCUAGACCAGCUGUCUGGUAUCAUAGUCACUUGACACGGUAACAAUGAGAGAUCAACUGAUCUGCUGUUUUAUCCUUGUGAGGUUUUUGUUGCAAUCAAGCUUAGUUUAACCCGCAGGUGCAUGUUAUCUCCCGUUCGUAGCAUUUUAAGAAAUCCAGCGGUAACCUGCAGGAGCGCGUUAAGUUCGCCUUUACCUCCUCAAAGCUGAAAGAAAGAUUCUCGUCCUUCUCUCUUUUGCCCUCCCUCCCUCCCGCUCUAUCUCUCUCCUCCUUGUCUCUCCUCCUCUCCCCUAGAGCCCUAUAGCCCAGCGGUGUGGGUGAUGAUGUUUGUAAUGUGCCUGACUGUGGUCGCUGUGACUGUAUUCGUGUUCGAGUACUUCAGUCCUGUCGGCUACAACCGAAGCUUGGUCAGUGCCAAAGGUGAGUUGAGACACACCUGUCUGCUAGCCUGGAUUUAGCUCAGAGGGCUAACACAGGAGACCUGGGUUAAAACUCAGUUGGUCAUUAACACUGUUUAUUCAUACAAACACAGGAAAGUGUAUCAGAGGUGUGUAUCGGUUACACUAGUAUCGGUAAGAGCUGUGUCCUACUACACAAAGAAUUGUCUGAGAUACUAGAAACAUUAGUGGGCCAUAAACUAGGUGCGCAAUAGUUUUCAAGUGGCUUUAUAGCAGGAGUUCCCAAUUACAUUCAGCUGUGGGACUGUUUAUCCUUGAGCUUAGAGUCGGGGGGCCAGAACAUAGUUAUAAAUAAUGUAUGCACUGCAAAUUGACCGCAAGAAUCCCAAACAGAUAUAGUAUUUGACAAAAACAGGAUCAUUUCAAACCUUGGUUACAUUGGGAUACGAUCACAUAUGCCUCUCUAUUUAUGCAUGGGAAUACUUGGGAACAGAUUUCCUAAAUUGAAAUUACUUUGAGCUCAUUUCCUGGUGAUUUUACAGUCUUUUAAGUCCAAUAACAAAAAUGAUAUAUAUAUAUAUAUAUAUGUAUUUCGUACAAUUUGGGGGGCCAAAUAAAAUCCCCCGCGGACGGAAUUUGGCCCGCGGGCCACCUAUUGGGGAAACCUGCUUUACAGGUUACGAAACAGAAUGUCAGACCGAGAGUUCCUGGGAGACUGUGGGGUAUAGCCCUACGCACAACGAAGACGGCUAUUCAAUCCCAGCAUGCCGAGAUGCCAGAGCUCACUCUCGUCUCACGGUCUGAAAGGUCACUUCCUGGUUUAAUUAGCGUUUGCCGCUAGGCUAAUCUGACAGAGAUGGAUGUGGCUCUGCUAAGAUGACCAAGAUGGAUGGACUGAGGCUGUGUUCCCCAACACGACACACAGCUAGAAGCAGGCUAGCGUCUAACGCAGUGUUCGCCAACACCACACACAAUAGAGGCUAAUGCUGUCUUCCCCAACAUGAUACACACCAGGUAGAGGCAGGCUAAUGACUAACCUUUCAGUGGCUAGGUUAAUGCUGAGAGGAUCGCUAAAGCUGCUGGGUUGAGUGAUGGGUUAGGGAACGACCUAUGAAUAGAAACAUUAUAUACAUUUGACCUUUUCAGCUCUCUAUAAGGCCUAGUAAGGGGCUGUAGAAAUUAGCUAAUUGGAAAUUCAUGAUUCUGUCAUCAACUGUAUAGGCACAUGGACGUAUAAGGAGUAUGUUUCAUGACACAUAUCAACAACAUGGAGUAUAGUGUCACUGAAGCUAGAGAGCUUUAUAGAUCCAUUCAUCCAAUUGGACAUCUGCUAAUGAGGUUGUUAUGAUACCUUGGGUUUAUUAAACAAACAUCUAAUCUCCACCUCCCUCUCCUCCCUAAUAUCCCCCUGCCUCCAACUUUCCACCCACCCCUCCUCCUCAGGGAUGGGCAAAACUUACAAAAAACUAUUACAAAAUACAGAUACAAAAUAUCAUGAAGAUCAAUGUAUCAAAAUAAACUACAAAAUACUUAUAUUUUGUAAUGUAUUUAAUUAAAAUACAUAUUUUGUAUUUUAAAAUGCUAAAAUACAUUUGCAAGUAGCCGGCCAGAACAGCAACAUCAUUCUCAGUAACGGUUACAAAAACGUUUUACUUGCUAUGACUGUGAUAUGUUGUUGUUUAUUUACCUUAGUUGAGCAAGUCACUCUGGAUAAGGUUGUCGCUAAAUGACCAAAAUGUGAAUGUACUAUAUACAGUAUGUGAAAAUGAACAUACCUAAAUGAAUUGCAAAGGGGCAGAGUUCAUUAGAAUAAUACUCAGCAUGCUUUGCAAUUGUACAUUUUUACAUACACAUUUAUUUUUAGUUAAUUUAGCAGACACUUUUAUCACACCAUAGUGCUAUCAUACAUCUGAUACUAAUGCAGGGUGAAAGGGGGGCCACAAAAUGUGAAUCGCUAUAAAAAAUGGUAAAGAAAAGUAUUUUGUAUUUUGAAAAUACAAAUUACAGUAUUCUGAAAAUACAAAUUACAGUAUUUUGAAAAUAGUAAAUACAAAAUACAUUGGAGUGUAGUUCAGCCCAGUGUAAUUCAAAUUACAAAAUACUCAGAAGUAAUUAAAAUAUGUAUUUCAAAUAUAUGUAACAGAAAUACUGCCCAUCUCUGCUCCUCCUGCCCCCCCCCCCCACCCCCCCCACCCCCCACCCCCCACCAGCGCCCGGCGGUCCUACCUUCACCAUAGGGAAGUCAGUGUGGCUACUGUGGGGCAUCGUGUUCAAUAACUCAGUCCCCAUUGAGAACCCUAAAGGCACCACCAGUAAGAUCAUGGUGCUGGUGUGGGCCUUCUUCGCUGUCAUCUUCCUGGCCUCCUACACGGCCAACCUGGCUGCCUUCAUGAUCCAGGAGCAGUACAUAGACACUGUGUCUGGACUGUCUGACAAGAAGGUAGGACAACUAAUCAAUCCCUGAGUCAUCCAUCAAUCCAUCCAUCCUGAUAACUGUCCACUCUGGGCUCGUACUGUCAAAGAUUCUCCCUGUCAGACCAUAGCAUUUACACAUGCAAGCAAGCACACACACACACAUACAUUCUUCUUCAUUUGGCUUGCUAUUCCUCAGUAAAUCACAGAAGAGGAAAAUGACAAGCGACAAACUUCACUUCAGAGUGCGAGAGCGAGAAAUAAAUAAACAGAGAGACAGAGAAUAGAUACAGAGAGAGAGAAAAAGCCAGGGCCUCAGGAGAGGUAUUGAGACAAUAUUAUAUUCUUCUCAGACAGUGAACACAACUGUGUAUCCUGGCUGGGAAUAAGCAUCCUGACCCUCAGUGAGGCAUGGCUGUAUUAACCACUGGUUUCACUUAUGCAGAUAGCUCUGUCUGUACCACCGUUUACAAUGCUGGUGGGUCGAUAUGGCCCGUAACAAUAUAUUCAUAAACCCCUUCCUACACACACUCAAGUGCAUGCAGGCACACAUACACACACACACACACACACACACACACACACACACACACACACACACACACACACACACACACACACACUCACACACACACACACACACACACACACACACACAUACAAAGGAUCUUAUUGUAGGGAGGUCCAUCCAUCUACACAGGGCUCUGAAGGUCAAUACUAACAGAGAAUAAUGGAGAGUUUUUAUUUACACUUUAAUUGGGUUUCAUGAGUGUCUGGGUUCUGUGUUGUUCUGUCAAAGGUUUCAUCCACCCUGCACUCUGAAUCCUCUCAAAUUGGAACUGACUUGACCAAACGGCCCUGAGUUGAAGUACUACACUCUAAAAAAUCCUGGGUUAAAAACAAUCCAGCGCUGGGUAAAUAGUUAUUUUUGACCCAGCAGUUGGGGCACUUAGUUGGGUUAUUUAUUUGAAAUACAUAUUCUAAUUACUUCUGAGUAUUUUGUAUUACACUGGGCUGAACUAUACUCCAAUGUAAUUUGUAACAAGAUGUUUUCGAAAGUUGUAAUUUGUAUUUUCAAAAUACAAAAUACUUUUCGAUACAGUUUUUUAAAAUAGCGGGUCACAAUUUUGUGGCACCCUUUCACCCAACAUUGAUAUCAAAAGUCUGAUGGCACUAUGGUGUGACAAGAGCGUCUGCUAAAUGAACUAAACGUAAAUGUAUAUGUAAAAAUAAACAAUUGGAAAGCAUGCUGAGUUAUUCUAAUGAGCUUUAGGUCAUUUAGCAUUAUCCAGAGUGAUAGUGUAUGCAGCUAUGGUAGACAAACAACAAUAUAUCACAGUCAUAGCAAGUAAGAAGUUUCCGUAACCAUUACUGAGGAUGUUAUUGCUGUUCGGCCGGCUACUUGCAAAUUUAGUUUUGUAUUUUAAAAUACAAAAUACAUGUAUUUUAAUUCAAUACAAUACUUUGCAACAGUAUCUUAUAUUUUAUUUUGAUACAUUGGUCUUUCGGUAUUUUGUAAUUGUAAUUUGUAAUUUAUGCCCAUCCCUGGGUAUGACCCACCUGGCCAGAUCAGAAGACUGGAGGUGUGGCUAAGCAGGGGUGUGGCUUUCAGAAAGUUAUUUUUGGCGACCCAUGAGAGUAAAUGUCAGUCAGGUUAAUCUUGUCUGUGGUAUUGUCAACAAGUUGCAAUUUAGUGCUGACACUUUUGUAGCUUUAAUGAGGCUUACACAAGAGAAUGAGUUCCUCAAGCACCUAUGCAUAUCCAAAUGUUGGGAUUGGUACCAUGAAUGACUUAUUCCACAUUUUGUUUUGUUACAAAUUGGGAUUAACAUGGAUUUCAUUUUAAUUUUUUGUCAAUGAUCUACACAAAAUACUCUGUCAAAGUGGAGAAAAAAAAAAUCUAGCAUUUGUAAAAAAUAAACAUGAGAAAUAAACACAAAUAUAUUUUCAUUAGAUAAGUAUUCAACCCCCUGAGUCAAUAAAUGCUAGAAUCAAGCACACCCAUAACAUGAUUCCACCACCACUAUGCUUGGAAAUAUGGAGAGUGGUACUUAGUAAUGUGUUGUAUUGGAUUUGGAUUUGCCCCAAACAUAACAUUUUGUAUUCAGGACAAAAAGUUAAUUGCUUCACCACAUUUUUUGCAGUAUUACUUUAGUGCCUUGUUGCAAACAGGAUUCAUGUUUUGGAAUACAUUCUGUUCAGGCUUCCUUCUUUUCACUCUGUCAAUUGGGUUAGUAUUGUGAAAUAACUACAAUCUUGUUGAUCCAUCCUCAGUUUUCUCCUAUCACAGCCAUUAAACUCUGUAACUGCUUUAAAGUCACCUUUGGCCUCAUGGUGAAAUCCCUGAGCCGUUUCGUUCCUCUCCGGCAACUGAGUUAGAAAGGACCCCUGUAUCUUUGUAGUAAUUGGGUGUAUUGAUACACCAUCCAAAGUGUAAUUAAUAACUUCACCAUGCUCAAAGGGAUAUUCAAUGUCUGCUUUAUUAUUAUUAUUAUUUCAUUUUUUUACCCAUCAACCAACCUGUGCCCUUCUUUGCGAGGCAUUGGAAAAUCUCCCUGGUCUUUGUGGUUGAAUCUGUGUUUGAAAUUCACUGCUCGACUGAGGGACCUUACAGAUAAUUGUAUGUGUGGGGUACAGAGAUGAGGUAGUCAUUAACAAAUCAUGUUAAACACUAUUAUAGCACACAGAGUGAGCAUGCAACUUAUUAUGUGCCUUGUUAAGCAAAUUUCUACUCCUGAACUUAUUUAGGCUUGCCAUAACAAAGGGUUUGAAUAUUUAUUGACUGAAGACAUUUCAGCAUUUAAUUUUUAAUACAUUUCACUUUGACAUUAUGGGGUAUUGUGUGUAGGCCAGUGACAAAAAAUAUACAUUUAAUCAAUUUUAAAUUAUGGAAAAAGUAAAGGAAUGUGAAUACUUUCUGAAGUCACUGCAUUUUGUAUUUUAAAAUACAAACAUACAUUUGCAAGUAGCCGGCCGAACAACAACAACAUUCUCAGUAACGGUUACAGAAACUUCUUACUUGCUAUGACUGUGAUACAGUAUGCUGUUGUUUAUCUACCUUAGUUGAAUGCACUGUCACUCUGGAUAAGAGCGUCUGCUAAAUGACCAAAAUGUAAAUGUACAUCUGAAAAUGAACAACUGCAAAGCACUUGGUAAGGUCAUUGGCCUUGUUUCGGUGUGGAAAUGAACAAUUGCAAAGCAUGCUGAGUAUUACUUGAAUAAGUAAUACUCAGCAUGCUUUGCAAUUGUUCAUUUUUACAUAGGCUAUUCAUUUACAUUUCCUGUAGUUCAUUUAGCAGACACUCUUAUCACACCAUAGUGCCAUCAGACUUUUGAUACCAAUGUAGGGUGAAAGGGGGUCACAAAACUGUGAAACGCUAUAAAGAAAUAGUACAGAAAAGUAUUUUGUAUUUUGAAAAUAGAAAUUACAGCUUUCGAAAGUAUCUUUUUAAGAAAUACAUUGGAGUGUAGGUCAGCCCAGUGUAAUACAAAAUACAAAAUAUUCAGAAGUACACUACAAGACAAAAAGUAUAUGGAAACAUGCUCGUUGAACAUACUCCUGAGUGGCGCAGUGGUCUAAGGCACUGCAUCGCAGUGCUAACUGUGCCACUAGAUCCUGGUUCGAAUCCAGGCUCUGUCGCAGCCGGCCGCGACCGGGAGACUCAUGGGCGGCGCACAAUUGGCCCAGCGUCGGGUAGGGGAGGGAAUGGCCGGCAGGGAUGUAGCUCAGUUGAUAGAGCAUGGCGUUUGCAACGCCAGGGUUGUGGGUUUGAUUCCCAUGGGGGGCCAGUAUAAAAAAAAAAAAAUGUAAUCACUAACUGUAAGUCGCUCUGGAUAAGAGCGUCUGCUAAAUGACUAAAAUGUAAAUGUAACAUCUCAUUCCAAAAUCAUGAGCAUUAAUAUGGAGUUGGUCCCCUCUUUGCUGCUAUAACAGCCUCCACUCUUCUGGGAAGGCUUUCCACUAGAUGUUGAAACAUUGCUGUGGGGACUUGCUUCCAUUGAGGCACAAGAGCAUUAGUGAGCUCGGGCACUGAUGUUGGGUGAUUAGGCCUGGCUCGCAGUCGGCGUUCCAAUUCAUCCCAAAGGUGUUCGAUGGGGUUGAGGUCAGGGCUCUGUGCAGGCCAGUCAAGUUCUUCCACACUGAUCUCGACAAACAAUUUCUGUAUGGACCUCGCUUUGUGCACGGGGGCACUGUCAUGCUGAAACAGGAAAGGGCAUUCCCCAAACUGUUGCCACAAAGUUGGAAGCACAGAAUUGUCUAGAAUGUCAUUGUAUGCUGUAGCAUAAAGAUUUCCCUUCACUGGAACUAAGGGGCCUAGCCCAAACCAUGAAAAACAGCCCCAGACCAUUAUUCUUCCACCAAACUUUACAGUUGGCACUAUGCAUUAGGGCAGGUAGUGUUCUCCUGGCAUCCGCCAAACCCAUAUUUGUCUGUCGGACUGUCAGAUGGUGAAGCGUGAUUCAUCACUCCAGAAAACGUGUUUCCACUACUCCAGAGUCCAAUGGCAGGAAGCUUUACACCACUCCAGCUGACGCUUGGCAUUGCGCAUGGUGAUCUUAGGCUUGUGUGCGGCUGCUCGGCCAUGGAAACCCAUUUCAUGAAGCUCCCGAUGAACAUGUAUUGUGGCUGACAUUGUUUCCAGAGGCAGUUUGGAACUUGGUAGUGAGUGCUUUUUUAUGCUCUAUACGCUCCAGCGGUCACGUUCUGUGAGCUUGUGUGGCCUACCACUUCGCGGCUGUUGCUCGUAGAUGUUUCCACUUCACAAUAACAACACUUACAGUUGACAGAGGCAGCUCUAGCAGGGCAGAUAUUUGACAAACUGACUUGUUGGAAAGGUGGCAUCCUAUGACGGUGCCACGUUGAAAGUCAAUGAGCUCUUCAGUAAGGCCAUUCUACUGCCAAUGUUUGUCUAUGGAGAUUGCAUGGCUGUGUGCUCGGGUGUGGCUCAAAUAGCAGAAUCCACUCAUUUGAAGGGGUGUCCACAUACUUUUGUAUAUAUAGUGUGAAUAAAAUACGUAUAUCAAAUACAUGUAACAGAAAUACUGCCCAUUGCCGAUCUUAGCUAAACACUGCAGAAUCAACAACCCAACCUGGCUCUGGCAAUGGAUUCUUAAGUGACCCAACUGCUGGGUCAAAAUAACCCAACAUGUGUUCUGUCCAAUAUUUACCCAAAUUGAGUUGUUUUUAACCCCCACUUUUUAGAGUGUAGACUGAACUCAAUGUAUGACUAUUGAAUUGACUCAAAUAGAACGACCUUAAAAUCUAAUCAAAUUAAAAAGGGUAGAAUGGCAUUCAAUCAAAUGAAAGUUAAUUGAGUGGAACUGCAUUUAAUUGAAUCAGUUUGAAAUUAAUAUGACUUCUCUGAGUUAGAUCUCAUUGAACUGAAUCUCCUCUCCUCAUCACUUCCUACAGUUCCAGAAGCCUCAGGAGCACUACCCUCCAUUCCGUUUUGGGACAGUCCCCAACGGCAGCACAGAGAGGAACAUCAGAAGUAACUACCCUGACAUGCACACACACAUGGUCAAAUACAACCAGAAAGGAGUGGAGGAUGCCCUCAACAGCCUCAAGACAGGGUAAGAAAAAUGCACUGCACUUAACCCUGAACUCUCCUCCAGCUUUCAACCCUAACCCUCAUCCCAAUGACCUCAAAAUAAAUGACAGUCCAUUAGCCCCAUAAUUUGAUUUAGUCCCAUUUACUGGGAGGAGUUCCAUUUGGCUCCUUGUGCAUCUACUUUAUAAUUAAUUCCCAAUAGAAUCUGAAGAUUUAUUUAUUUAUUUUUAUCACUGUCUGAUUCUUUUUUUGUGUCAUUCAAUAGGAAGCUGGAUGCAUUCAUCUAUGAUGCUGCGGUGUUGAACUACAUGGCAGGGAAGGACGAGGGCUGUAAGCUUGUGACUAUCGGCUCUGGGAAAGUGUUUGCCACGACAGGCUAUGGUAUCGCCCUGCAGAAAGAUUCCAGAUGGAAACGACCCAUUGACCUGGCCUUACUUCAGUUCCUGGGAGACGGUGGGUCACUGCAAACACAUGCGCGCACGUACGCACUCACACACAGCCCGUAGAGCUGGCAGUUCUCAAUUUCUUGAUGACAGUGUGUGCAGCCUCACCAGGGGUGGAGCUUAGAGAGAGAGUUAAUAUCCUCCAUCACAGUAGGGAGGUGUGAGGAUGAUAACCACUAUGGACACACACACACACACACACACACACAAACACACACACACACACACAGUAGGAGUUAAUAUCCGCUAUCACAGUAGGAUUGUAGGGACCACAGGGAGGUGUUAGAGAUAUCAUGUGGACAGUGUUGGGAAUACAAACUAUAAAACACACACAUGCAGACACACACAGGUUUCUUAUAUAGGUAUAACAGGAGCUUCAGUACAUUUACCCAUCUGUGGUCAUACUGAUAUGGUACAAUGAUGGAAGUCGUCGCUUGUUCACUGCUAACCCCAAUUUGUAAGUCAUAAAUAAUGCAUUCCUCAGUAGCCUACCCUUAUUGAAAAAAAGCUAAAGCACCUGAAUCUGACUAUAGUGAUUCACUGGUGAGUCCCUCCUCAAGGGGAUUCUGACCAUGUCCCUCUCCUCUCCUCUCUCCCAGGUGACACCCAGCGCUUGGAGACAGUCUGGCUGUCAGGCAUCUGUCAGAAUGAGAAGAACGAGGUGAUGAGUAGUAAGCUGGACAUAGAUAACAUGGCCGGGGUCUUCUACAUGCUACUGGUGGCCAUGGGGCUCAGUCUGCUGGUGUUCGCCUGGGAACAUCUACUCUACUGGAAACUACGCAAGAAACUAGACAAGUCUCCUCGCAUGGACUUCCUGCUCGCUAUCAGCAGGGUGAGAGAGAGGUUUAUGCUGAGAGAGAGGUUUAUGGUUGGUUGGUUGAUGUGUGGCCAAUGUAUAAAGCCUGAUAUGAGCUCUUAGUACUUUUUACACCACCUAUAAUUUCAAUGACUACAUUAUCAUCUGCCAGCUAUAGUUUUAAUGAGCACGAACCACAGUUACAAUUCCAGCUCAACAUUAGUGUUAAUCAACAACCAAUCUAUGUAAUGAAAAGCGUGGUUGUUGGAGAGAGGAGAGGCAGGAGCAAGGAAGGAAUAAGAAAAUAAUUACUAGCCAAAAAUCUAUAAACUCAACUCGAACACCACUCUCACAAAGAGUGUGUGUGUGUGUGUGUGCACGUCCUGCUCUAGCAGAGUGUGAUUGCAGAGUUGUGCCUGUAUCAGGGCUUAUCAGAUUUGCAGCUAAAUUACUAUCUGAUAAUUAAUCCCUAUGGGGGCGCUUGAGGGCCAAAUUAAAUUGGGCUUUGUCCGUUUUUCAGUCGACUGUGAACGGUGCAGUAUGAGACUAUUUGCUCAGCAUGUGUGUGUGUGUGUGUUCAUUGUGUGUGUGUUUGUUUAGCUAUAGGCAGUGUUAUAGUACUCCAGAUAGGUCUUCAAGAUAGGUCUCGAUCUCGAGUCCGGUCUCGAGACCACAUAUUGAGUGUCCCGGUCUUGUCUCGGUGUCGGAUACAUUUGUACUCGGGCUUGACUCGGUCUUGGACAGUGAUGACUCAUAAUUUCUUCCCGAGACCAGCAGAGUAAAAAACUCAUAAUUAUCAGCUUCCAUUCAGUCAGCGCAUAAAACUGCUUUGCCAGGCCAAAUAUUCUUUAAACAUUAAUACAGUAUCUUAACAGCCUUCAUAUCUAUUAUAGUAGACAUGUUUGCACAGUGGCGAACCUAUAGGCCUUCAGUGUGUGUCAGGUUUGUGAUUCUGAAAGGACAGCUACCGUAAUAACAGCACACUCAUGUAGGAGAGUGCACUUUUUGUAAAACACAAAGGGCCAGUGGUGGAGGCUAUACGCAGGUAUAAACCAUAUACCAACUUUUUUUAAGUGGGAAUUGCGUAUACUCACUUCUUAAUCCCUACUGAUGCGUAUCAAAGUAGUGUAGUGGAGGUAUUCCGUUUUAGGACCACUAUUGUUUUCACUAUAUAUUUUACCUCUUGGGGAUGUUAUUCGAAAACAUAAUGUUAACUUUCACCGCUAUGCGGAUGACACACAGCUGUACAUUUCAAUGAAGCAUGGUGAAGCCCCAAAAUUGCCCUCGCUAGAAGCCUGUGUUUCAGACAUAAGGAAGUGGAUGGCUGAAAACGUUUUACUUUUAAACUCGGACAAAACAGAGAUGCUUGUUCUAGGUCCCAAGAAACAAAGAGAUCUUCUGUUAAAUCUGACAAUUCAUCUUGAUGGUUGUAAAGUCGUCUCAAAUAAAACUGUGAAGGACCUAGGCGUUACUCUUGACCCUGAUCUCUCUUUUGACGAACAUAUCAAGACUGUUUCAAGGACAGCUUUUUUCCAUCUACGUAACAUUGCAAAAAUCUGAAAUUUUCUGUCCAAAAAUGAUGCAGAAAAAUUAAUCCAUGCAUUUGUUACUUCUAGGUUAGACUACUGCAAUGCUCUAUUUUCCGGCUACCCGGAUAAAGCACUAAAUAAACUUCAGUUAGUGCUAAAUACGGCUGCUAGAAUCCUGACUAGAACCAAGAAAUUUGAUCAUAUUACUCCAGUGCUAGCUUCCCUACACUGGCUUCCUGUUAAGGCAAGGGCUGAUUUCAAGGUUUUACUGUUAACCUAUAAAGCGUUACAUGGGCUUGCUCCUACAUAUCUUUCAGAGUUGGUCCUGCCGUACAUACCAAUACGUACGCUACGGUCACAAGACGCAGGCCUCCUAAUUGUCCCUAGAAUUUCUAAGCAAACAGCGGGAGGCAGGGCUUUCUCCUAUAGAUCUCCAUUUUUAUGGAACAGUCUGCCUACCCAUGUGAGAGACGCAGACUCGGUCUCAACCUUUAAGUCUUUACUGAAGACUUAUCUCUUCAGUAGGUCAUAUGAUUGAGUGUAGUCUGGCCCAGGAGUGUGAAGGUGAACGGAAAGGCUGGAGCAACGAACAGCCCUUGCUGUCUCUGCCGGGCCGGUUCCCCUCUCUACUGGGGUUCUCUGCCUCUAACCCUGUUGCAGGGGCUGAGUCACUGGCUUGCUGGUGCUCUUUCAUGCCGUCCCUGGGAGGGGUGCGUCACUUGAGUGGGUUGAGUUACUGACGUGAUCUUCCUGUCUGGGUUGGCGCCCCCCCCUUGGUUUGUGCUGUGGUGGAGACCUCUGUGGGCUAUACUCGGCCUUGUCUCAGGAUUGUAAGUUGGUGGUUGGGGAUAUCCCUCUAGUGGUGUGGGGGCUGUGCUUUGGCGGAGUGGGUGGGGUUAUAUCCUUCCUGUUUGGCCCUGUCCGGGGGUUUCUUCGGAUGGGGCCACAGUGUCUCCGGACCGCUCCUGUCUCAGCCUCCAGUAUUUAUGCUGCAGUAGUUUAUGUGUCGGGGGGCUGGGGUUAGUUGGUUAUACCUGGAGUACUUCUCCUGUCUUAUCCAGUGUCCUGUGUGAAUUUAAGUAUGCUCUCUCUAAUUCUCUCGUUCUCUCUGAGAACCUGAGCCCUAGGACCAUACGUCAGGACUACCGGGCAUGAUGACACCUUGCUGUCCCCAGUCCGCCUGGCCUUGCUGCUAUUCCAGUUUCAACUGUUCUGCCUGCGGCUACGAAACCCCUACCUGUCCCAGACCUGCUGUUUUCAACUCUUAAUGAUCGGCUAUGAAAAGCCAACUGAGAGACCUGAGCCCUAGGACCAUACGUCGGGACUACCGGCCGUGGUGACUCCUUGCUGUCCCCAGUCCGCCUGGCCUUGCUGCUAUUCCAGUUUAAACUGUUCUGCCUGCGGUUAUGGAACCCCUACCUGUCCCAGACCUGUUGUUUUCAACUCUUAAUGAUCGGCUAUGAAAAGCCAACUGAGAUUUAUUCCUGAUUAUUAUUUGACCAUGCUUGUCACUUAUGAACAUUUUUGAACAUCUUGGCAUGGUUCUGUUAUAAUCUCCACCCGGCCCAGCCAGAAGAGGACUGGCCACCCCUCAUAGCCUGGAUCCUCUCUAGGUUUCUUCCUAGGUUUUCGCCUUUCUAGGGAGUUUUUCCUAGCCACCGUGCUUCUACACCUGCAUUACUAGCUGUUUGGGGUUUUAGGCUGGGUUUCUGUACAGCACUUCGAGAUAUUAGCUGAUGUAAGAAGGGCUAUAUAAAAUAAAAUUGAUUGAUUGAUUGAUUCGUCUUAUCAAUUAUGUAGUACAAUAGAGAAAUCAUGCACAAAGUAGCCUACACAAUCGCAAAGCACGUGAAAUCUAUUCACAUGCACGCCGCACAAAAAGCGUAGUUUCAGCUAACUAAUGCAACAAUGGGUACACAAACCAGGUAUUGAAAAAGUUUAGUCCGAAGUGUUGGUUAGUAGGCUAUUUGUGAUGCGCAGUUGUCAUCAUGCGCUGUUUGCAUCAGGGGUGUAGACAUGGAUGGACCUGGGUUGACAGAGGCCCACCCACUGGGGAGCCAGGAUCUGACAGGCACAACCAAUCAGACUGAUGUGGUUUAAGCAUUGUUGUGGACUUAGACUUUUCUAUUUUUAAAAAGUGUGAUUUUGAGAAUGGAAAUCUGAAAAAUCUAUAGGAAAACUCAUUAAAAAACAGGAUUUUUCACAUGGUCCCUUUGCUGGGAACUUUUUGGCAAAAUUUGAGUAUACCCACUUCUCCAGGCACCACUACAUAGGGCCGAUGGAAAGACAGCAGUCACAGACAGCAUGAUGUUAAAGGAUAAGCAGUCCAUAAACUCAGACAUAAUAAGUCAGUAGGUCCCAAUCAUAAGAUUACAAAAACACAACCAUUAAGAAAUUCCCAUUGCAUAAACAUAAUCACUUUCAGCACACAAAGUAACCAGUGACCUAAAGUUUUCAGAUAUGAAACAGACAGUCAUAAUAUCAGUCAAAAAUAUCAAAUUCCCAGUUUAUGCUACGAAACCAACUUUAUAAGAGGUUUUAAAGAUAGGUUAUAUUUUACUCAACGUUCCAUGACGUACACUAAGACAUUGUUGGCAGAAUAGAUGGAUGCAGUUCAGUGCAUGAUUAAUAUAAUUCACCAAUACAUUUCCUGGUAGUCCCAAAAAUAUUGCUAACAGGUUGUAAAUCACAGUUGGCCUGAUACAUUGUUUGCUGCCUCCAUUCGGGAGGCACUGUUUCAGUUUCAAUGACUCAAUAUUCUGGACAAAAACUGACGAAUGUAACUAAGGCUGGGAAUGCCAAUACAAUCAAACUAGCAAGGGCAAUGAUAGCAAUGAUCACAUUGCAGUGAUCACAGUCAUAACGUGACUAAUAGGCUAGCGUAUCUAUUUAUGUAGCAAGCUAAAAACACAGAGCCUAACAUUAGCUAGAUAGCUAGCUAGCUAGCUGCUAUGAGGAUGUAAUGUCAUGCCAUUGGAGGAGUAGGUGAGUGACUGACUUUUUUCCCUCAUGUCGUUUUUCGGUGGCUAUACACAGCUAAAGAUGCAGGUGUCAUUUGCUUAGCUAGCAAGAACUUGAACGACAGUUAUCCAGUCAGCAUAUCUCUUGCAUUUGCAAAUUCACUCUGGUUAUCUACUCCGAUUUCAGAGCACUCUCCUUUUAGUGUGCCAGAGCGCAGAACAACUGAUUAAUUUACGAACGAGCAACAUCUGCUGAAUAUGAUUGAUGUCAGUAAACGUAGACAAAAAAGUAAUAGUUAGUCAAGAACGCACUAGAUAACAUGUAAACAGCCUAACCAGCUCUGCUACGGUGAGUAAAAUUGUUAGAGUGAGGUGUUCUCUCAUUUGUGUCUGGAAGUAGCUAGCUAGCAAGCUAGCCAAAUUUAGCCAGUUAGCUUGGGUGCUUGGUUGGGACAAGCAUGCAUUGGCAGGCAAGCUGCAGAAGGACGAGGAAGCUACAAUUCCCCAUCGUUUGUCAGUGCAAUUUUGACAGCCAACUAGCUGAAAACGUUUGAGAGGGUUUAUCUAAUGUUCCUUUGUUAGAUUUUAGCUAAUCUUGCUCUGGCUAGCAUUAGUUGUUUAUAUUGUUGUUGUUGAUGUGCAUCACUGAGGGAGAGAGAGCCUACCUUUUCAUGGUUGUUUGAUAGGACUGUAAAGUUUCCAGUUGUAAGAGGACUCCUGUGGUGUUUACAUAUUUGCAGAAAUCCAUUCAGGUGUGUUUUGUGGCUUUUGGUGAAUGAGUUCUAAUUGUCGUUCUGUUGCAACUGCCUGUAAACACACAGUCCAGUUCCAAGUGAAUGAUGGCAGGCCCAUGUGGCAAAUGGCUUGUUUGUAUAAAGGCUUACUGUAGCUCUGAUUGGCUAUAGCGCACCAGUCUGUGUAGACUCUGGUCCUUGACAAGACUGAUGUUUUUAUUUACUGUAGUGUCUAUUAAUUGUCCAAAUGCACGGCCGCUUUCCCACUCUAUAUUGAUGUAGUAUUUUCGCAAAUUCCUUAGUAUACGUAAUUCCCAAACAUUUAAAGAAUUUAUGAAAACGUGAAAAUGACCAUAUCUAAGUGGUCGCUUGUCAGAAUAAAGUGUCAUUUACUUCCUGGGCGUGUAUAUGAACAGAUUUGAAUAGGAUUUCAUGUUGCUAAAAUGCUCUUAGUUCCACUUUAAAUGUGUUUCACACAUAAAUUAUUUUCAAAGAGAUUGCUAACAACAGCAAGCGUGCUGCAAUAAAAAACACAGUUUCACUCACCAGAUUUGAAACUUAACUUCUUGUUGAAAGUUAUUCUUGAAAAGGGAUAAGCUAACAAAUUAGCAACAACAUCCUCUUUCAUAACACCUGCUGCAGCCGCUAAAAACUAGCCAACAACAAAAGCUUGAAUCGGUCUCGCUUUAGGUGGUCUCGAGCACAACACUGGCUAUAGGGAUGUUCUAUAUAAUCAGGGGCAUGUAAAAGGAAUUCCUAACUUCUGUAAACUGGCAAAAUUAGUUUAAUGAAUUUACAUUCUUACUAUAUGUGAGGUGUAAGUUUUGAGCCAGCUCUUCUCUCUACAGGGCUUCUAGGUUAGCUGAAGGUUAAGUGUAAUAAUUUUCUCGCUCUCGCUCCUCCCCCCCAUUCCUCUCUCCCUUCCUCUACUUUCCCUACCUCCAUCUCUCCCCCCUAUCCCUUUCUCCCUCUCUAUUCCGUCUCCCAGGGUAUCUACAGUUGCUUCAACGGGGUGGAGGAACCAGACCACCCUAACCUGGCAAACCCAGAUCUGACAGCUAACUACGCCCAGGCUAACAUGCUUAAGAUGCUACGCACCGCUAAAGACCUGGUCAACUCCGCCCAGGUCGAAACCUCACUGGACCACGCCACCAAGACCAUAGAACACUGGGGUCGCCAUGGCGGCAACCUGCCAGUCCACAUUCCACAGCAGGUCACCACGGAAAUGGUUCCGGGAGGGUUUGCUUAUGUCACAGAGAAUACACACACACACCUGCCCCCCGAGCGCCCCCUCAGCCAGCAAUACUGCACGCUGGGUGUAGUGACUUCUCUGAAAAGGCAGAAGGGGCUGGCGAGACCCACGCCGCUACGAUACACGCUCCCGGCUCGCACUUCCUCUCUCUACGACAGACCACUUUCUGUUUCUAGUCUCAGUAGCUCUCACCUUGACCUGGCUGGGGGGGACCCCCUCUCUUCCUACUCUCAACCCUCCACAGGUAGGCUGUAUGUGGAGCCCCAGCACCUAUCCCACCUCCGCUCUCCUUUCAUCCCCUAUAGUGAGCUUCAGCUGCCAGACAUCUACCCCUUCUCUCACCGCCCCUCUGCCAUCUCCCAUCCAUCGCACACAGAGCCCUACAGAAAGAAUAGGAGGAGCAAGAGCCUCCUCUCAGGGGAGUCAGGAGGAGGAGGAGUAGGAGAGAGGAGGAGGCGCAGGGAGGAGAAGACGGUGUGUCUGGCUGAACUCCGGGCCAACCACCUCCAGGAGAACAACAUCUCACCCCAGAUGCCUGACUCCCUGUACCCAGGAGCGGUGCUCUGUCCUGGGGGAGAGGGCUGUGUUGGCUCCUGGCCUCUUCCCCUGGAGGAGCUGGUUCUGGCAGGCAGACGGAGGCUCCACCGACGGCCAUCUUUCCUCCGAGCCACCUGGGGGAGUGAGCGGAUUCUCCAGCCAGACGAAACGCCGCCUAUAUCCCUUGAUAGCCAAUCACAUUCUGCUUUACCAGACCUGUUCCCCUGCGUCAUGGCCGAACAAGAAACUCCCAUUAAACUCUACAACCCCGCCCCCCUCCGGAACAACCUAUGCUACCCUGCCACCUCAACUCGCCAGCAUGCGUAUCUCCAUAUAAGGCAGGACCAGAGGAAAGGGAACGGACGUAAGAAGCUGCGGUACUCAAACUCCACCCACCUGCCCACCUACAGGGAGGCCGUGCUGGGGGGCCAGGGAGGCGGAGGGGGGGUAGGCCUUGGGGUGGUCCGGAGAGCCACCAACCUGCUCAGCAGACAGUACUCCCACUAUCUAACCUCCUACCCUGGGCUGCCUCUCUACCAUGGCCCCCAGGACCUCCAGGCCCAUUCCCAGGCAUCCAGCAACCACCCCAGCCCCGGUAUAUACCCUAGUCCUAGCCCAGUAUGCCAGCCCCUGCCCUGUGGAGGUGGCUAUCGAGGCCAGAGGGGGUUGUUGUACCAGGACAGUCUGUAUGGUGCCUAUGGGGCCUAUGGAGCCUACCGAGGGGACCAAGAUCCGGGCUUAGAGCCCCAGAAAGGAGAUGGCUCGGUAGGCUUGAGGUCUGAGGACAGAUCCUGUGUGACCCGGCCCUGGGGACGCGUCUCUAGUCUGGAGUCAGAGGUCUGA